AUGCAGUUCACCGACGCACAGUGGCAGACGCUCGACUCGGUGGACUGGACAGAGUACUUCUCGCCCGAGCGUAUCCAUACACGCCCUCUCCGACGUGUCCCGGAGAGGGUCCGCGGAGGAUAUCUUGACGUCCUCAGUGCGAUCCUAGUCCGCAUUGCCCAGGACCCGGAGGCUGCUGGCCCUACCUUCCUCCUCGCUGCAGCGCCGACUCUUUUCCUUGUUCCAGCGACGCCACCCGACCGCUCGCACACGGCUGCCAUUGCAACGCGCAUCUCUCGCUUUGGUCGAGGUGAGUGGGCUGAGCUAGUCUCAGAUGCACUAGGCCGUCGCACACCCCUUCCUCGCCGCACAGGUCACCGGUCACGCACCGCCACCGAUCCCUCUGCAGCAGAUGAGCGCCGCAUUGCACGUUGCCUUCGUCUGGCAGCGUGCAAUGAGACCUCACGGGCGUGCGCGGCUCUCGAGUCCGCGGAGGCAGCCCCAGAUACACAGGGGACGAUACAGCGCCUGCAGUCGAAGCACCCCAACGCGGAGAGGCCGACCCCAGCUUGGCUGUCUGGCUUCCAGGGGUCCCCUCUCGUGCUCUCGGUGGAUCACUUACGCCGCGCGAUUUUCACAGCUCCGCGGGGCUCUUCGGGAGGACCGUCCGGUUGGGUCGCUGAGCACCUGCGAGACACUUUCCUAGCUUUCCCUCAGAGUCUCCAUUUCCUCCUGGCCGUGUACCAGCAGUGGCUCCGAGGCCGUUGCGCUCCAGCUGCGCGCUCCUUGCUAGCGUCCUCCACCCUCGUGGCUCUGGCGAAGUCGAACAUGGAUGUUCGGCCGAUUGCCAUCGGCGAGGUUUUGGUCCGCAUUCUUUCUCGGGCAGUUUGUCUCCAGCUACGUGACCAGAUGGCGAGGGUCUUCUUGGCAUCACAGCAGUUUGGGGUGGGGGUUACGUGCGGGACAGAGGUCGUAGUUAGAGGCGUCCGCCGCGCUCUGGCUGACCACCCAGACUGGGUGGUCCUGCAGCUAGACGUGGCGAAUGCCUUUAACUCUUUCCACCGAGACAGGAUGUUUCAGGCGCUGCAGGCCAGUCCGGAGUUUCAGUGUCUGAUCCCCUUCAUCGGCCUCUUCUACGGGACGCCCUCGGAUCUCCACUACAGGUCAGGCACGGGAGUGGUCACGAUGCACUCGGAGCGGGGCACUCGCCAGGGAGACCCUCUCAGCCCCUUCUUGUACGCUCUGACACAGCGUCUUGCUUUGGAGCCGGUUCUGGCGGAGGGGGAUGUCCAGCUCUGGUCGUACGCCGAUGACACGUACGUGCUAGGUCCCCCAGACAGGGUGCUGCACCAUUUUGCCGAGAUCGUGAGGCGCUUGGGCGAGAUGGGCCUUGCAGCCCAGCCGCACAAGUGCCUCGUCUACCAGACAGAGUCCUUUCUGUCCAGGGAUCUGGAGGCUUUCACGGGCCUAGGGAUCGAGGUCGCACGCCGAGGGCUCACCGUGACAGGCGUACCGGUAGGCACCGUUUCGUUCGUGGAGCAGAGUCUCCCGGAUCGUCUCGAGAGGAUGGGGCGGGUGCUACCUUGGCUUCCGAGGUUGCGCCAGCCCCAGACAGCUGCCCGCCUUCUUUCGGCGUGUGUCAGCACUCGUCCGCAGUACCUGUCGAGGACCGUCCCUCCUUCGCCCGCAGUGAUCUCCAGUUUUACACGGUGGGACGCACGCCUGGGAGAGACUUUUCAGCAGCUUUUAGCUUCAGGGACCUGGGCUUGUCGCGAGGACGUCCGAGAGGCCGCCCUAGACCAGAUCUUCCUCCCCAUCCGUCUCGGGGGUUUCGGCAUUCGUCGCAUGGCGCGCAUGGCCCCGGUGAGUUUCGUGUGCUCCUGGGUGCAGUGUGCACCCAUUCUCUGUUCUCUCCCUGCGUGUGGCGAGGUGUUUCGGCAGAGCUUCGCUUCAGGUGAGCCAGAGCAGAUCGACCGGGCUCUGCAGACGGCGCUAGAGGGUCUCCCUCCUGACGUUCUCUCUCUCCUUCCCCCCUGGCCCUCUUGCGCUUCUGCCUCCCCCGAUUCCCUUUUUGCAGGAGCGAGCCGUCUUCUGGAGGCGCAUGCCUUGGAGGCCGUGCGUGCCCGUCACACCUCUCCCUUGCACCUUGCCCGUUUGACUUCCCUUCAGGGCGGAGGUGCAGGAGCGUGGUUGACGUCGGUGCCGUACGCCGACCCACUGCGCAUCCCGGAGGCGCUGUGGCAGGCGGCUUCAUCUUCUCGUCUUGGUCUCCCUAUCCCCCAGUUAGCCCUUGCAGGUCAGUGCUCCUGCGGACAGGCGAUUGACGACAUGACGGUGCCUCAUCACGCGGUUCGGUGCCCGCGUUACGGGGUCGCCACUACCAUCCACGACACGGUGAAGUACAUGCUUCGAGACUUUGCGGUCGAGGCGGGCUUCGCGGUAAAGGUGGAGGACUCUACGCUGUUCACACAGUUGGAGGCGGCUCGAGCGAGACUACUGGGACAGCCAGUGGUGGGAGAGGGGACACGGGCUGAGGGACCGGGGGAGCGGAGAGGCGAGGCGGGACAGCCGGGUGGCGGGGGACAGUGGGGACGGCACCAGCUGCGGGGUCAGGUGGAGCGAGGGACAGGUGGGCAGAGGGGACGGCAGGGGGAGCAGACGGGCCAGGACGGGGAGGGGGGACGGCACAGGCAGCAGCAGGAGAGCCAGUGGAGGCCGCGGGCCCAGGGCGCCGCGCCUCCAGGUUCGGCCUCGGGGGCGGGGCAGGGGCGGGAGCAGCAGAGAGCGGACGGAGGUACAGGAGGGGCAGCGGGAUUGGGAGGGGAGGGCCAGGGAGUGAGAGAGGCAGCAGGGGAUGGAGCAGGGGGGUCGGGAGGUUUGGGGGAGGGUAGGGAGGGGGAGGGGAGAGGACAGGUGGAUGGAGGAGAGGAGAGGGGGAGAGAGACGAUCGGAGAGGGGGCACCAAGGGACCAGACAGGGCAGCAGCCAGCGCAACAGCAGGGACCAGUCGGACGCACAGGCCGUGUAGGCACCGCCUCCCGCAUUCCAGACCUCACCUGCCGCGACGUUGGCCAGGGUCUGAUGGUUCUUGUGGAUGUCUCCAUAGCGGAUCCACAGCGGGAGGGGAACGUGCAGCUGAGACGGGCGACCCCCACACAGAUUGGAGUGGCAGCAGCUAGGCGGGUGCAGGAGAAGCUGCGUCACUGGGGGCCGCACUUAGAGGGGCUGCAGCCGGCACCACACUUUUACGCGUGCGUGGCGGAGACCUUUGGCCUUCUGAGUGAGCCGCUGCGUCAGUUUCUGGGGCUCUGCGCAAAGAGGAUAGCACAGCGGAGGAGGGAUAGAGGUGGGGGGGAUGACGGAUCGGCACGGAUAUUUGAGGCAGGACUCACUACACGCCUCUCCGUUGCACUGCAGCGCGCGCAGGCUCAAUGCAUGAUCCAGCAUGCGGUGCGGCAGUUAGGGAGUCACACCCCCUGCCCCCUCAUGCCAUCCGCUCCCCCCGCCCCUACCCUCCGCGUGCCCGCUCCCUUGCCGCCUCUUUUGACCCUCCCUGCCCCCCUCGCCGUUUCCCACCGCCCGCCAUUCGCUCCUCCCCGCCCGUGCGCUCCCCUCGUUUACCUUCUCCUCCCCCCUCCCCUCCUCUGCUGCACGCCUCUUCCUUCCCCUCGCCGACCCACUCCACUCCCUGCCCCUCCUCAAUCCGCACCCUGCCCCUCGUAUCUCGCCCCCCUAUGCUUGGUUUCUCCCCUCCCUGCCCCUCGCCGCCUUUCUCCGCCCCCCACCUCCCCCCUCUCCCUGCCCCCCCACUCUCCCACCCUUGCCCUUGGCUUCCUACCUCCCUGCCCCACCUUUCCCCCCUCUGUGUGCUCAGCUUCUCCCCUCCCUGCCCCUCCCUCCUCCCCGCCCUGCCCCUCGUUUUCCGCCCCCCCACGCCCGGUUUCUCCCCUCCCCGCGCCUCCCUUUCUUUCUCCGUGCCUCUCCUCUGCUCCCUCCCUGCCCCCGCCUGCCCAUGCCCCUGUCUCUGGCUUCUCCCCUCCCUGCCCCACGUUUCUUCCCUCCCUGCCCACCCCCUCUGCCCCUCCCUUGUUUUCCCCUCACCCAUUGCUUCUCCCCUCCCUGCCCUUGAUUUCCCGCACCCCUGCCCUUGUUUCCUACCAUCCAUGCCCCUCGUUUCCCCCCCUUUGUACGUUCAGCCUCUUCCCUCCCUGCCCCUCCCUUCCUCCCCCCCUGCCCUUUGCUCUCCCCUCGUUACGCUCCCUUCUCCCCAUCCCUGCUGCCCUCUUACCACCAUCAGCCCAUCCCCACCACCAGCCCCCCUCCCACCCUUCUCUCCCCCCCUCCCUUUCCCUCUCUCUCUUUCUCACACACACACACGCACACUCCCCUCCCCCACCCCCCCACCCACAUCCUCCCAUUCUGCCCCUCCCUGCCCCUUUCCCACCCCCUCGCACGCCCCUCACCUCCCACCUCCGUGCAACUGGUUUCCCCCCCCUAUGGUGCCUCCCUUGCAUCGCUCGCCCCUCUGCUCACCCUCUGCCCGCCCCUUUUCCGUGCCCUCAGCUGGCCCAGCCCCUGCCCGUUGCUGCCCCUCCCCUUGCCCCCUCAACUCCCCUGCCCCCCGUACACCCCAGUCCCAUCCAACCGCCCCCACCCUCCCCCGGCUGCCCGUUUCCGCUCUCCACCCCCGCGACCGUGUGCGGCUUCCAACCGCCCAACGGUGGUGCGCACGGGGCGUUUCUUCGCACGGGCAAGCCUCCCCGGGGGCCCCCCACCCCGCUGGGUCGUUCCCAGUACUGCUCUACGCUGUUCACACAGUUGGAGGCGGCUCGAGCGAGACUACUGGGACAGCCAGUGGUGGGAGAGGGGACACGGGCUGAGGGACCGGGGGAGCGGAGAGGCGUGGCGGGACAGCCGGGUGGCGGGGGACAGUGGGGACGGCACCAGCUGCGGGGUCAGGUGGAGCGAGGGACAGGUGGGCAGAGGGGACGGCAGGGGGAGCAGACAGGCCAGGACAGGGAGGGGGGACGGCACAGGCAGCAGCAGGAGAGCCAGUGGAGGCCGCGGGCCCAGGGCGCCGCGCCUCCAGGUUCGGCCUUGGGGGCGGGGCAGGGGCGGGAGCAGCAGAGAGCGGACGGAGGUACAGGAGGGGCAGCGGGAUUGGGAGGGGAGGGCCAGGGAGUGAGAGAGGCAGCAGGGGAUGGAGCAGGGGGGUCGGGAGGUUUGGGGGAGGGUAGAGAGGGGGAGGGGAGAGGACAGGUGGAUGGAGGAGAGGAGAGGGGCAGAGAGACGAUCGGAGAGGGGGCACCAAGGGACCAGACAGGGCAGCAGCCAGCGCAACAGCAGGGACCAGUCGGACGCACAGGCCGUGUAGGCACCGCCUCCCGCAUUCCAGACCCCACCUGCCGCGACGUUGGCCAGGGUCUGAUGGUUCUUGUGGAUGUCUCCAUAGCGGAUCCACAGCGGGAGGGGAACGUGCAGCUGAGACGGGCGACCCCCACACAGAUUGGAGUGGCAGCAGCUAGGCGGGUGCAGGAGAAGCUGCGUCACUGGGGGCCGCACUUAGAGGGGCUGCAGCCGGCACCACACUUUUACGCGUGCGUGGCGGAGACCUUUGGCCUUCUGAGUGAGCCGCUGCGUCAGUUUCUGGGGCUCUGCGCAAAGAGGAUAGCACAGCGGAGGAGGGAUAGAGGUGGGGGGGAUGACGGAUCGGCACGGAUAUUUGAGGCAGGACUCACUACACGCCUCUCCGUUGCACUGCAGCGCGCGCAGGCUCAAUGCAUGAUCCAGCAUGCGUCACACCCCCUGCCCCCUCAUGCCAUCCGCUCCCCCCGCCCCUACCCUCCGCGUGCCCGCUCCCUUGCCGCCUCUUUUGACCCUCCCUGCCCCCCUCGCCGUUUCCCACCGCCCGCCAUUCGCUCCUCCCCGCCCGUGCGCUCCCCUCGUUUACCUUCUCCUCCCCCCUCCCCUCCUCUGCUGCACGCCUCUUCCUUCCCCUCGCCGACCCACUCCACUCCCUGCCCCUCCUCAAUCCGCACCCUGCCCCUCGUAUCUCGCCCCCCUAUGCUUGCUUCUCCCCUCCCUGCCCCUCCCUCCUCCCCGCCCUGCCCCUCGUUUUCCGCCCCCCCACGCCCGGUUUCUCCCCUCCCCGCGCCUCCCUUUCUUUCUCCGUGCCUCUCCUCUGCUCCCUCCCUGCCCCCGCCUGCCCAUGCCCCUGUCUUUGGCUUCUCCCCUCCCUGCCCCACGUUUCUUCCCUCCCUGCCCACCCCCUCUGCCCCUCCCUUGUUUUCCCCUCACCCAUUGCUUCUCCCCUCCCUGCCCUUGAUUUCCCGCACCCCUGCCCUUGUUUCCUACCAUCCAUGCCCCUCGUUUCCCCCCCUUUGUACGUUCAGCCUCUUCCCUCCCUGCCCCUCCCUUCCUCCCCCCCUGCCCUUUGCUCUCCCCUCGUUACGCUCCCUUCUCCCCAUCCCUGCUGCCCUCUUACCACCAUCAGCCCAUCCCCACCACCAGCCCCCCUCCCACCCUUCUCUCCCCCCCUCCCUUUCCCUCUCUCUCUUUCUCACACACACACACGCACACUCCCCUCCCCCACCCCCCACCCACAUCCUCCCAUUCUGCCCCUCCCUGCCCCUUUCCCACCCCCUCGCACGCCCCUCACCUCCCACCUCCGUGCAACUGGUUUCCCCCCCCUAUGGUGCCUCCCUUGCAUCGCUCGCCCCUCUGCUCACCCUCUGCCCGCCCCUUUUCCGUGCCCUCAGCUGGCCCAGCCCCUGCCCGUUGCUGCCCCUCCCCUUGCCCCCUCAACUCCCCUGCCCCCCGUACACCCCAGUCCCAUCCAACCGCCCCCACCCUCCCCCGGCUGCCCGUUUCCGCUCUCCACCCCCGCGACCCAUUACCGCCCCUCUCCCCUUAUCCCCCACCACGCCCCCAAGCAGGCCUUUCUCCCCCCAGCCUCCCGUCUCCCUGCCCUUAGUACCGCCGCGCUCUGCCCGUGCGUCACCCUUGCCCACUUCAUACCACCUCCCCCUUCUCCCCCCCCCCCGGCUUCUCCCUAUCAUCACCCGCAUGUUCCCCCACUCCCCUGUCCACAACGUCCCUCCACCCCCCUUCCUGCUUUCCCCACUCCCACUCUGCCCCCCACACCUCUACGAGCCGUACUUCCCCCUCCAGCCUCCCUUUCCCCCCCAGCUACUUCCGCAUCCAGCGUGGGCUGCACCUCUGCAUCCCGCCCUGCCAGGCCCUUCGGUGACCCAACUGCCGCCACCUGGCACCACGCCGCCUUUCCCACCCCCAUCCAAUCUCUACACCCCCUGCCCCUGCUCCCUGCGCAAUCCAGCCACCUACCCCAGCCUCCCUCUACCUCUCCCUAACUCCACACCGCCGUUCCUACCCCCAGCCAAGGUCUACACCCCUUGCUUUUGCUCCCUGGGCUGUGCCGUCCCCAACCUCCCUCCGCCUUUCCGCGGCACCAGACCGCCUCUCCCUCCCCCAGCCAACUUUUGCACCCCCUGUUCCUGCCCCUUGUGCCCUCCAACACCCUACCUCAACCCCCCCCAGUCUCCCCCUUCUCCAACACCCUCCAUAUUUCCUCCCCCCUGGGGCUCGCCCAUCCGCAGCUAUCACCCUUCAUCGAUUCCCCAAUUCCCUCUGUCCCCUGUUUCCCGGCCCCGCAUCCUAUCCUGCAUUUACCACAGCACCUCCUUUCGGUGCCCUCUCUGCCCUCCCACGUUCUCACCCCCCGCCUCCCAACCUUCUCAUUACCCGCUACCAGGCUCACGCCAACUCGACUACCCACUACCCUUUGCCCCUUCCUCUCUGUUCCCCACCCUUCCUUUCCCACCUGGCUCCACCUGCCCACCCCCACCUCCCGUGGAAUUCUGCCCUGCCCUCCCCACCUCUGGCCCACCACCUGUCCCCACACCCUGCUCACCCACCGCUACACCACCCCCGCCCCCCCACCUCCACUACAGCCCGCCAACACUUCCCCUCUCAAUCGGCCCCCAGCCCGCCCCCCCCUUGGGCCCCAAUCCCCUCCAACUGUCAGGCCCCCUCUACCCUCUCUUCCACCCACUGCGCACCGCUUUCCCCACCCUUUUCCCCUUUCCCCAAGCUAACCCCCCGCACCCCGGCCUCUGCCAGGGAGUUCCUUCCCCCUUUGACGCCCUCUUGAGCCAACCCCAGCAACUCACACCGCCACCGCCAGGCAUGCUGCCUCUAGCCAGGGGGGAACUUGCAGCUGACACUGCACGGGAAGGGGUAAGUGAGUUUGUGUGUGAAGGAGCAGCAGAGGCUACAGAGGAUGGGGCAGCAAAGGCUGCACGGGAAGGGGCAAUGGGGGUUGUGGGGGAAGGGGCAGCAGAGGCUGCAGAGGAAAGGGCAGCAGAGGCUGCAAGGGAAGGGGCAGCAGCGGCUGCACGGGAAAGGGCGGCAGGGGCUGCACGGGAAGGGGCGGCAGGGACCGUGACUCUGGCCAGGCAAAGGGCAGAGGCCAUGGAGACAGGUUUUGCAGGAGUAGGGGCCACGGAACCUGCUGCUGCGUCGGCUGGGGGAACCGCAGCAGAGGAGGCUAUAGGGACCGCACCAGUCGAGGCUGCAAGGACUGCAGCAGGAGCGACAGAGGCCACAGCGGGGGCUGGUAUAGGGGGAGGUGCUACGGGUGCAGCGGGGAAGGGGGUAACGGGGACUGGUGCGAGGGAGAGUGCCGCCCCGGCUGUAGCAAGAGAGGGUACGGCAGGGGCCUCAAAGGCAGAAGGUGAGGCUGCAGCUGAAGCAGCAGGGAGGGCCAUAGCACGGCCAGUAGGGGCGGCAGGGGCCGCAGCAAACUCGGGGAAACACACAGCAGGGCCGGCAGGGCCGGCAGAGACUGCAAAAGGGGCUAGCAGUAAAGCGGCAGCAGGCGGGGUGGGCUUGGGGGACAUAGGGGCAACAGGGGAAGGAGAGGGGAGGGUGGUCCCGACCGGGGUGGGCACUGAAGAGGGGGAUGUGAUAGCGAUAGAGGAGGAUGAGGGAGAGGAUGUGAUGCACAUUGACGGGCCACUGGCCCAAUACCUCACGCUUGACGGUGAGGCCGACCCGGCCCCCCUGCAGCCUCACGUCGAGGUUCCCCCUCUACCCCCCAUGCCCGUCCCCAUGCUAGCAGAAGGACCGAUGGAGGGGCUGGGGGAGACCUUGAGGACAGAGCCGCGCGAGGGAGCCCCCAUCCUCACCUCCCGUCCUCCAGCCCACCAGCCCCCAGGAGCACCACUUCCCCACCCCCACCCUCAGGUCCCGGUAGUGUCCAGGGGGGCAGCCAAGGCCCUGGCCUUCUUGGCGGAGCCGUGCUCCCCGACCCCCACGCUGCUCCAUGGCCAGCCCCCCUCUCCGUCCCCAACGCCUGACCCCACGGUUGCAGGCGGUCCACCGGGAGAGCACGCGGGUGCGACAAGAGCAGAGUCACCCGAGGGCACCCCUUCUCUCACCUCUCACCCCUCCCCGCCCCUUCCCUCACUCCUUCCUUCACCCCCAAGGGCAGCACACCUCUGCCCCCACCCUCAGGGGCUCCUUAGAGCACCACGUGGAGCAGCCAGGGCUCUGGUCUUCCUAGAGGAGCCAUGCUCCCCGACUCCUACCAACACCCAGCCACCCCUUACCGGCCCACUACCCCCUCCUCCACCAGGCCCCCCCCCACCCGGUAGUACACACAUCUCGGAGGUUGAAGCAUCUCUGCGGCCAAAUCCCUCUCCCACACGCUACAGGCACCCAAACCACCCGAGUCGCCGCACAGCCCCAACACGCCCACCCAACAGGCUGCCCUCCCCACACCACCCCCCCCAGGCAGCCGAGACCCACCCGCAAGGGCUUGCGCCCCAGGCUCAUGGGAGCGGCGGCACCCGGGUAGAGGGGCCCACAGGAGAGGCCACCACAGAGCCCACACAAAUCUCUCUCCCCCCACCGUUUGUACCUCGCUCUAACCUCCACACUGGCCCAGCCCCUCGACCCCCACCUCCAACCCCCUCUCCCGGCCGGGUUCCCCACGAGUGGCCCCGUUGGGCAGCCAUCACCCCCCACACACAGCUUGCCCGAUCUGUUCCCACGGAGGGGGAUGUUUCGAGGAGAGUGGGGAUGCACACAGAGCACCCCCUGCCUGGCGAACCACCCAUCCUCCCUCCACCCACCCCUUUGGCCCCACAGCCCCCCCUUCCUUCACAAACAGGCGCGGACAACCAGGUUGGCCGCCGGCGGAAGAACAGGGGCAGAGGAGGCAGAGGGUCAGCCCACGUACUCCCCCCUCCCUCCCUCCCCCACCAAGAGCCCCUCCCCACCUCACAUCCCGUUGAACAAUUACCAGGCCCUACCUCUACAGCCCGUCCACCAAACCUACACUCCCGCCCCGCUCCUGCACCUCCACAGGGCCAUGGGAGCGGACCAGCCCACUCACCCCCAUUCUGCCCCUCCCGUGCUGUGUCCCCCUCCCAGGUGGCGGCGGCCGCGAUCGCUACUGGGAGGGGGGCCGUCGGGUUGAGGGAUGCGCCCAUGGCAGACGCCACCGACUCCCCCUCCCAUCCCUCCCACCCCUUCCAUGUCGACGACCCCCUACCGCAACCCAUGGUGAUUGGGGAGGGCCAAGGGGGCCUUCUAGGGCAGGGUCCACACCCGAGCUCCGCUCAGCCAGCACGCCCCACUCCACCCUCUACCCUGCCAGCCCUCCUACUCUCACCUACAGGCAGGCAGGUCUUCGAGACCCCAGAGGAGGUGAGGGCUGGCAUUUCAGAUUUGCUGGCGAUACACCGCCUGAGCAGCUCUCCGGCUGCCCCCACCCUUCCAGUCCCACAGGACCGGACCCGGACGUAUGCGGAGGUCACCCGGUCUGUCCCUUCUUUUAUCCCCCCCGCCACUCAGCCAGGCGCGUCACUCCCGACCCCAAUGGAGACGGACCGGGGUCUGAGGCCGUGUCACUCGCACCUAGACGGGGUGGCGCCUCCCCCCGUUCAGCCCGUGGCGCAGGAGGUCACCAGCAGUAGGGAUGAGGCAUCCGCCCCUACCGAGACCCCUCCGCCUGGGGUAGCAGAGCCGUCACUUGAACCGCACCCCGCCGAGGGGCAGGAGCACACCACGGCACACACUUCAGGCUCACCUCCACGUCCCCCCUCCCCAGCUUCAACACCGGUGCCGGCACGAGGCCCGGCCCUAUCCUGUGCGACACCACCUCUAUCUUCGCUGACACCCCCCCCGCGCGGGGCUGGUGAGUCGUCUCCUCCCCUCAUCCCAGGCGAUCCUGUCGGAGCUCAGGCCGCCCACGGGGUCCCCUCUACAGCCAGUUCCGACGCCACGGCCCCGAUUGACCCCGCCGACACGGCGACAUCACCCGACCAGGUCGUGAGUUGCCCCACCUGCAGGAGCUCUCUCGCGAACCGACGCGCGCUCCAGCACCACAUUCCCUUCUGCCAUCCUGCGGACGCGGCUCGCAGGGCGCAGGCUGCCCAUGAUACCGCCUCGAUCAUCCCUUCCCUCUCACAGCCCCGUGCGACCGGGAUGCAGUUCACCGACGCACAGUGGCAGACGCUCGACUCGGUGGACUGGACAGAGUACUUCUCGCCCGAGCGUAUCCAUACACGCCCUCUCCGACGUGUCCCGGAGAGGGUCCGCGGAGGAUAUCUUGACGUCCUCAGUGCGAUCCUAGUCCGCAUUGCCCAGGACCCGGAGGCUGCUGGCCCUACCUUCCUCCUCGCUGCAGCGCCGACUCUUUUCCUUGUUCCAGCGACGCCACCCGACCGCUCGCACACGGCUGCCAUUGCAACGCGCAUCUCUCGCUUUGGUCGAGGUGAGUGGGCUGAGCUAGUCUCAGAUGCACUAGGCCGUCGCACACCCCUUCCUCGCCGCACAGGUCACCGGUCACGCACCGCCACCGAUCCCUCUGCAGCAGAUGAGCGCCGCAUUGCACGUUGCCUUCGUCUGGCAGCGUGCAAUGAGACCUCACGGGCGUGCGCGGCUCUCGAGUCCGCGGAGGCAGCCCCAGAUACACAGGGGACGAUACAGCGCCUGCAGUCGAAGCACCCCAACGCGGAGAGGCCGACCCCAGCUUGGCUGUCUGGCUUCCAGGGGUCCCCUCUCGUGCUCUCGGUGGAUCACUUACGCCGCGCGAUUUUCACAGCUCCGCGGGGCUCUUCGGGAGGACCGUCCGGUUGGGUCGCUGAGCACCUGCGAGACACUUUCCUAGCUUUCCCUCAGAGUCUCCAUUUCCUCCUGGCCGUGUACCAGCAGUGGCUCCGAGGCCGUUGCGCUCCAGCUGCGCGCUCCUUGCUAGCGUCCUCCACCCUCGUGGCUCUGGCGAAGUCGAACAUGGAUGUUCGGCCGAUUGCCAUCGGCGAGGUUUUGGUCCGCAUUCUUUCUCGGGCAGUUUGUCUCCAGCUACGUGACCAGAUGGCGAGGGUCUUCUUGGCAUCACAGCAGUUUGGGGUGGGGGUUACGUGCGGGACAGAGGUCGUAGUUAGAGGCGUCCGCCGCGCUCUGGCUGACCACCCAGACUGGGUGGUCCUGCAGCUAGACGUGGCGAAUGCCUUUAACUCUUUCCACCGAGACAGGAUGUUUCAGGCGCUGCAGGCCAGUCCGGAGUUUCAGUGUCUGAUCCCCUUCAUCGGCCUCUUCUACGGGACGCCCUCGGAUCUCCACUACAGGUCAGGCACGGGAGUGGUCACGAUGCACUCGGAGCGGGGCACUCGCCAGGGAGACCCUCUCAGCCCCUUCUUGUACGCUCUGACACAGCGUCUUGCUUUGGAGCCGGUUCUGGCGGAGGGGGAUGUCCAGCUCUGGUCGUACGCCGAUGACACGUACGUGCUAGGUCCCCCAGACAGGGUGCUGCACCAUUUUGCCGAGAUCGUGAGGCGCUUGGGCGAGAUGGGCCUUGCAGCCCAGCCGCACAAGUGCCUCGUCUACCAGACAGAGUCCUUUCUGUCCAGGGAUCUGGAGGCUUUCACGGGCCUAGGGAUCGAGGUCGCACGCCGAGGGCUCACCGUGACAGGCGUACCGGUAGGCACCGUUUCGUUCGUGGAGCAGAGUCUCCCGGAUCGUCUCGAGAGGAUGGGGCGGGUGCUACCUUGGCUUCCGAGGUUGCGCCAGCCCCAGACAGCUGCCCGCCUUCUUUCGGCGUGUGUCAGCACUCGUCCGCAGUACCUGUCGAGGACCGUCCCUCCUUCGCCCGCAGUGAUCUCCAGUUUUACACGGUGGGACGCACGCCUGGGAGAGACUUUUCAGCAGCUUUUAGCUUCAGGGACCUGGGCUUGUCGCGAGGACGUCCGAGAGGCCGCCCUAGACCAGAUCUUCCUCCCCAUCCGUCUCGGGGGUUUCGGCAUUCGUCGCAUGGCGCGCAUGGCCCCGGUGAGUUUCGUGUGCUCCUGGGUGCAGUGUGCACCCAUUCUCUGUUCUCUCCCUGCGUGUGGCGAGGUGUUUCGGCAGAGCUUCGCUUCAGGUGAGCCAGAGCAGAUCGACCGGGCUCUGCAGACGGCGCUAGAGGGUCUCCCUCCUGACGUUCUCUCUCUCCUUCCCCCCUGGCCCUCUUGCGCUUCUGCCUCCCCCGAUUCCCUUUUUGCAGGAGCGAGCCGUCUUCUGGAGGCGCAUGCCUUGGAGGCCGUGCGUGCCCGUCACACCUCUCCCUUGCACCUUGCCCGUUUGACUUCCCUUCAGGGCGGAGGUGCAGGAGCGUGGUUGACGUCGGUGCCGUACGCCGACCCACUGCGCAUCCCGGAGGCGCUGUGGCAGGCGGCUUCAUCUUCUCGUCUUGGUCUCCCUAUCCCCCAGUUAGCCCUUGCAGGUCAGUGCUCCUGCGGACAGGCGAUUGACGACAUGACGGUGCCUCAUCACGCGGUUCGGUGCCCGCGUUACGGGGUCGCCACUACCAUCCACGACACGGUGAAGUACAUGCUUCGAGACUUUGCGGUCGAGGCGGGCUUCGCGGUAAAGGUGGAGGACUCUACGCUGUUCACACAGUUGGAGGCGGCUCGAGCGAGACUACUGGGACAGCCAGUGGUGGGAGAGGGGACACGGGCUGAGGGACCGGGGGAGCGGAGAGGCGAGGCGGGACAGCCGGGUGGCGGGGGACAGUGGGGACGGCACCAGCUGCGGGGUCAGGUGGAGCGAGGGACAGGUGGGCAGAGGGGACGGCAGGGGGAGCAGACGGGCCAGGACGGGGAGGGGGGACGGCACAGGCAGCAGCAGGAGAGCCAGUGGAGGCCGCGGGCCCAGGGCGCCGCGCCUCCAGGUUCGGCCUCGGGGGCGGGGCAGGGGCGGGAGCAGCAGAGAGCGGACGGAGGUACAGGAGGGGCAGCGGGAUUGGGAGGGGAGGGCCAGGGAGUGAGAGAGGCAGCAGGGGAUGGAGCAGGGGGGUCGGGAGGUUUGGGGGAGGGUAGGGAGGGGGAGGGGAGAGGACAGGUGGAUGGAGGAGAGGAGAGGGGGAGAGAGACGAUCGGAGAGGGGGCACCAAGGGACCAGACAGGGCAGCAGCCAGCGCAACAGCAGGGACCAGUCGGACGCACAGGCCGUGUAGGCACCGCCUCCCGCAUUCCAGACCUCACCUGCCGCGACGUUGGCCAGGGUCUGAUGGUUCUUGUGGAUGUCUCCAUAGCGGAUCCACAGCGGGAGGGGAACGUGCAGCUGAGACGGGCGACCCCCACACAGAUUGGAGUGGCAGCAGCUAGGCGGGUGCAGGAGAAGCUGCGUCACUGGGGGCCGCACUUAGAGGGGCUGCAGCCGGCACCACACUUUUACGCGUGCGUGGCGGAGACCUUUGGCCUUCUGAGUGAGCCGCUGCGUCAGUUUCUGGGGCUCUGCGCAAAGAGGAUAGCACAGCGGAGGAGGGAUAGAGGUGGGGGGGAUGACGGAUCGGCACGGAUAUUUGAGGCAGGACUCACUACACGCCUCUCCGUUGCACUGCAGCGCGCGCAGGCUCAAUGCAUGAUCCAGCAUGCGGUGCGGCAGUUAGGGAGGUCCGACGACGGGUGGAUGCCCGCACCAGUCCCACUGGGUGCGGGGCAGGGAACUUGGCACCACGUCACAGGGUGCUUCGAGAGUUCACACCCCCUGCCCCCUCAUGCCAUCCGCUCCCCCCGCCCCUACCCUCCGCGUGCCCGCUCCCUUGCCGCCUCUUUUGACCCUCCCUGCCCCCCUCGCCGUUUCCCACCGCCCGCCAUUCGCUCCUCCCCGCCCGUGCGCUCCCCUCGUUUACCUUCUCCUCCCCCCUCCCCUCCUCUGCUGCACGCCUCUUCCUUCCCCUCGCCGACCCACUCCACUCCCUGCCCCUCCUCAAUCCGCACCCUGCCCCUCGUAUCUCGCCCCCCUAUGCUUGGUUUCUCCCCUCCCUGCCCCUCGCCGCCUUUCUCCGCCCCCCACCUCCCCCCUCUCCCUGCCCCCCCCACUCUCCCACCCCUUGCCCUUGGCUUCCUACCUCCCUGCCCCACCUUUCCCCCCUCUGUGUGCUCAGCUUCUCCCCUCCCUGCCCCUCCCUCCUCCCCGCCCUGCCCCUCGUUUUCCGCCCCCCCCACGCCCGGUUUCUCCCCUCCCCGCGCCUCCCUUUCUUUCUCCGUGCCUCUCCUCUGCUCCCUCCCUGCCCCCGCCUGCCCAUGCCCCUGUCUUUGGCUUCUCCCCUCCCUGCCCCACGUUUCUUCCCUCCCUGCCCACCCCCUCUGCCCCUCCCUUGUUUUCCCCUCACCCAUUGCUUCUCCCCUCCCUGCCCUUGAUUUCCCGCACCCCUGCCCUUGUUUCCUACCAUCCAUGCCCCUCCUGGCCCAGCCCCUGCCCGUUGCUGCCCCUCCCCUUGCCCCCUCAACUCCCCUGCCCCCCGUACACCCCAGUCCCAUCCAACCGCCCCCACCCUCCCCCGGCUGCCCGUUUCCGCUCUCCACCCCCGCGACCGUGUGCGGCUUCCAACCGCCCAACGGUGGUGUGCACGGGGCGUUUCUUCGCACGGGCAAGCCUCCCCGGGGGCCCCCCACCCCGCUGGGUCGUUCCACCUACCCCAGCCUCCCUCUACCUCUCCCUAACUCCACACCGCCGUUCCUACCCCCAGCCAAGGUCUACACCCCUUGCUUUUGCUCCCUGGGCUGUGCCGUCCCCAACCUCCCUCCGCCUUUCCGCGGCACCAGACCGCCUCUCCCUCCCCCAGCCAACUUUUGCACCCCCUGUUCCUGCCCCUUGUGCCCUCCAACACCCUACCUCAACCCCCCCCAGUCUCCCCCUUCUCCAACACCCUCCAUAUUUCCUCCCCCCUGGGGCUCGCCCAUCCGCAGCUAUCACCCUUCAUCGAUUCCCCAAUUCCCUCUGUCCCCUGUUUCCCGGCCCCGCAUCCUAUUCUGCAUUUACCACAGCACCUCCUUUCGGUGCCCUCUCUGCCCUCCCACGUUCUCACCCCCCGCCUCCCAACCUUCUCAUUACCCGCUACCAGGCUCACGCCAACUCGACUACCCACUACCCUUUGCCCCUUCCUCUCUGUUCCCCACCCUUCCUUUCCCACCUUGGCUCCACCUGCCCACCCCCACCUCCCGUGGAAUUCUGCCCUGCCCUCCCCACCUCUGGCCCACCACCUGUCCCCACACCCUGCUCACCCACCGCUACAUCACCCCCGCCCCCCCACCUCCACUACAGCCCGCCAACACUUCCCCUCUCAAUCGGCCCCCAGCCCGCCCCCCCCUUGGGCCCCAAUCCCCUCCAACUGAGCAGCAGAGGCUAGCAGAGGAUGGGGCAGCAAAGGCUGCACGGGAAGGGGCAAUGGGGGUUGUGGGGGAAGGGGCAGCAGAGGCUGCAGAGGAAAGGGCAGCAGAGGCUGCAAGGGAAGGGGCAGCAGCGGCUGCACGGGAAAGGGCGGCAGGGGCUGCACGGGAAGGGGCGGCAGGGACCGUGACUCUGGCCAGGCAAAGGGCAGAGGCCAUGGAGACAGGUUUUGCAGGAGUAGGGGCCACGGAACCUGCUGCUGUGUCGGCUGGGGGAACCGCAGCAGAGGAGGCUAUAGGGACCGCACCAGCAGUCGAGGCUGCAAGGACUGCAGCAGGAGCGACAGAGGCCACAGUGGGGGCUGGUAUAGGGGGAGGUGCUACGGGUGCAGCGGGGAAGGGGGUAACGGGGACUGGUGCGAGGGAGAGUGCCGCCCCGGCUGUAGCAAGAGAGGGUACGGCAGGGGCUAGAGUGGGAGAGGGGACAGCAGUGGCCUCAAAGGCAGAAGGUGAGGCUGCAGCUGAAGCAGCAGGGAGGGCCAUAGCACGGCCAGUAGGGGCGGCAGGGGCCGCAGCAAACUCGGGGAAACACACAGCAGGGCCGGCAGGGCCGGCAGAGACUGCAAAAGGGGCUAGCAGUAAAGCGGCAGCAGGCGGGGUGGGCUCGGGGGACAUAGGGGCAACAGGGGAAGGAGAGGGGAGUGUGGUCCCGACCGGGGUGGGCACUGAAGAGGGGGAUGUGAUAGCGAUAGAGGAGGAUGAGGGAGAGGAUGUGAUGCACAUUGACGGGCCACUGGCCCAAUACCUCACGCUUGACGGUGAGGCCGACCCGGCCCCCCUGCAGCCUCACGUCGAGGUUCCCCCUCUACCCCCCAUGCCCGUCCCCAUGCUAGCAGAAGGACCGAUGGAGGGGCUGGGGGAGACCUUGAGGACAGAGCCGCGCGAGGGAGCCCCCAUCCUCACCUCCCGUCCUCCAGCCCACCAGCCCCCAGGAGCACCACUUCCCCACCCCCACCCUCAGGUCCCGGUAGUGUCCAGGGGGGCAGCCAAGGCCCUGGCCUUCUUGGCGGAGCCGUGCUCCCCGACCCCCACGCUGCUCCAUGGCCAGCCCCCCUCUCCGUCCCCAACGCCUGACCCCACGGUUGCAGGCGGUCCACCGGGAGAGCACGCGGCACACCUCUGCCCCCACCCUCAGGGGCUCCUUAGAGCACCACGUGGAGCAGCCAGGGCUCUGGUCUUCCUAGAGGAGCCAUGCUCCCCGACUCCUACCAACACCCAGCCACCCCUUACCGGCCCACUACCCCCUCCUCCACCAGGCCCCCCCCCACCCGGUAGUACACACAUCUCGGAGGUUGAAGCAUCUCUGCGGCCAAAUCCCUCUCCCACACGCUACAGGCACCCAAACCACCCGAGUCGCCGCACAGCCCCAACACGCCCACCCAACAGGCUGCCCUCCCCACACCACCCCCCCCAGGCAGCCGAGACCCACCCGCAAGGGCUUGCGCCCCAGGCUCAUGGGAGCGGCGGCACCCGGGUAGAGGGGCCCACAGGAGAGGCCACCACAGAGCCCACACAAAUCUCUCUCCCCCCACCGUUUGUACCUCGCUCUAACCUCCACACUGGCCCAGCCCCUCGACCCCCACCUCCAACCCCCUCUCCCGGCCGGGUUCCCCACGAGUGGCCCCGUUGGGCAGCCAUCACCCCCCACACACAGCUUGCCCGAUCUGUUCCCACGGAGGGGGAUGUUUCGAGGAGAGUGGGGAUGCACACAGAGCACCCCCUGCCUGGCGAACCACCCAUCCUCCCUCCACCCACCCCUUUGGCCCCACAGCCCCCCCUUCCUUCACAAACAGGCGCGGACAACCAGGUGGCGGCGGCCGCGAUCGCUACUGGGAGGGAGGCCGUCGGGUUGAGGGAUGCGCCCAUGGCAGACGCCACCGACUCCCCCUCCCAUCCCUCCCACCCCUUCCAUGUCGACGACCCCCUACCGCAACCCAUGGUGAUUGGGGAGGGCCAAGGGGGCCUUCUAGGGCAGGGUCCACACCCGAGCUCCGCUCAGCCAGCACGCCCCACUCCACCCUCUACCCUGCCAGCCCUCCUACUCUCACCUACAGGCAGGCAGGUCUUCGAGACCCCAGAGGAGGUGAGGGCUGGCAUUUCAGAUUUGCUGGCGAUACACCGCCUGAGCAGCUCUCCGGCUGCCCCCACCCUUCCAGUCCCACAGGACCGGACCCGGACGUAUGCGGAGGUCACCCGGUCUGUCCCUUCUUUUAUCCCCCCCGCCACUCAGCCAGGCGCGUCACUCCCGACCCCAAUGGAGACGGACCGGGGUCUGAGGCCGUGUCACUCGCACCUAGACGGGGUGGCGCCUCCCCCCGUUCAGCCCGUGGCGCAGGAGGUCACCAGCAGUAGGGAUGAGGCAUCCGCCCCUACCGAGACCCCUCCGCCUGGGGUAGCAGAGCCGUCACUUGAACCGCACCCCGCCGAGGGGCAGGAGCACACCACGGCACACACUUCAGGCUCACCUCCACGUCCCCCCUCCCCAGCUUCAACACCGGUGCCGGCACGAGGCCCGGCCCUAUCCUGUGCGACACCACCUCUAUCUUCGCUGACACCCCCCCCGCGCGGGGCUGGUGAGUCGUCUCCUCCCCUCAUCCCAGGCGAUCCUGUCGGAGCUCAGGCCGCCCACGGGGUCCCCUCUACAGCCAGUUCCGACGCCACGGCCCCGAUUGACCCCGCCGACACGGCGACAUCACCCGACCAGGUCGUGAGUUGCCCCACCUGCAGGAGCUCUCUCGCGAACCGACGCGCGCUCCAGCACCACAUUCCCUUCUGCCAUCCUGCGGACGCGGCUCGCAGGGCGCAGGCUGCCCAUGAUACCGCCUCGAUCAUCCCUUCCCUCUCACAGCCCCGUGCGACCGGGAUGCAGUUCACCGACGCACAGUGGCAGACGCUCGACUCGGUGGACUGGACAGAGUACUUCUCGCCCGAGCGUAUCCAUACACGCCCUCUCCGACGUGUCCCGGAGAGGGUCCGCGGAGGAUAUCUUGACGUCCUCAGUGCGAUCCUAGUCCGCAUUGCCCAGGACCCGGAGGCUGCUGGCCCUACCUUCCUCCUCGCUGCAGCGCCGACUCUUUUCCUUGUUCCAGCGACGCCACCCGACCGCUCGCACACGGCUGCCAUUGCAACGCGCAUCUCUCGCUUUGGUCGAGGUGAGUGGGCUGAGCUAGUCUCAGAUGCACUAGGCCGUCGCACACCCCUUCCUCGCCGCACAGGUCACCGGUCACGCACCGCCACCGAUCCCUCUGCAGCAGAUGAGCGCCGCAUUGCACGUUGCCUUCGUCUGGCAGCGUGCAAUGAGACCUCACGGGCGUGCGCGGCUCUCGAGUCCGCGGAGGCAGCCCCAGAUACACAGGGGACGAUACAGCGCCUGCAGUCGAAGCACCCCAACGCGGAGAGGCCGACCCCAGCUUGGCUGUCUGGCUUCCAGGGGUCCCCUCUCGUGCUCUCGGUGGAUCACUUACGCCGCGCGAUUUUCACAGCUCCGCGGGGCUCUUCGGGAGGACCGUCCGGUUGGGUCGCUGAGCACCUGCGAGACACUUUCCUAGCUUUCCCUCAGAGUCUCCAUUUCCUCCUGGCCGUGUACCAGCAGUGGCUCCGAGGCCGUUGCGCUCCAGCUGCGCGCUCCUUGCUAGCGUCCUCCACCCUCGUGGCUCUGGCGAAGUCGAACAUGGAUGUUCGGCCGAUUGCCAUCGGCGAGGUUUUGGUCCGCAUUCUUUCUCGGGCAGUUUGUCUCCAGCUACGUGACCAGAUGGCGAGGGUCUUCUUGGCAUCACAGCAGUUUGGGGUGGGGGUUACGUGCGGGACAGAGGUCGUAGUUAGAGGCGUCCGCCGCGCUCUGGCUGACCACCCAGACUGGGUGGUCCUGCAGCUAGACGUGGCGAAUGCCUUUAACUCUUUCCACCGAGACAGGAUGUUUCAGGCGCUGCAGGCCAGUCCGGAGUUUCAGUGUCUGAUCCCCUUCAUCGGCCUCUUCUACGGGACGCCCUCGGAUCUCCACUACAGGUCAGGCACGGGAGUGGUCACGAUGCACUCGGAGCGGGGCACUCGCCAGGGAGACCCUCUCAGCCCCUUCUUGUACGCUCUGACACAGCGUCUUGCUUUGGAGCCGGUUCUGGCGGAGGGGGAUGUCCAGCUCUGGUCGUACGCCGAUGACACGUACGUGCUAGGUCCCCCAGACAGGGUGCUGCACCAUUUUGCCGAGAUCGUGAGGCGCUUGGGCGAGAUGGGCCUUGCAGCCCAGCCGCACAAGUGCCUCGUCUACCAGACAGAGUCCUUUCUGUCCAGGGAUCUGGAGGCUUUCACGGGCCUAGGGAUCGAGGUCGCACGCCGAGGGCUCACCGUGACAGGCGUACCGGUAGGCACCGUUUCGUUCGUGGAGCAGAGUCUCCCGGAUCGUCUCGAGAGGAUGGGGCGGGUGCUACCUUGGCUUCCGAGGUUGCGCCAGCCCCAGACAGCUGCCCGCCUUCUUUCGGCGUGUGUCAGCACUCGUCCGCAGUACCUGUCGAGGACCGUCCCUCCUUCGCCCGCAGUGAUCUCCAGUUUUACACGGUGGGACGCACGCCUGGGAGAGACUUUUCAGCAGCUUUUAGCUUCAGGGACCUGGGCUUGUCGCGAGGACGUCCGAGAGGCCGCCCUAGACCAGAUCUUCCUCCCCAUCCGUCUCGGGGGUUUCGGCAUUCGUCGCAUGGCGCGCAUGGCCCCGGUGAGUUUCGUGUGCUCCUGGGUGCAGUGUGCACCCAUUCUCUGUUCUCUCCCUGCGUGUGGCGAGGUGUUUCGGCAGAGCUUCGCUUCAGGUGAGCCAGAGCAGAUCGACCGGGCUCUGCAGACGGCGCUAGAGGGUCUCCCUCCUGACGUUCUCUCUCUCCUUCCCCCCUGGCCCUCUUGCGCUUCUGCCUCCCCCGAUUCCCUUUUUGCAGGAGCGAGCCGUCUUCUGGAGGCGCAUGCCUUGGAGGCCGUGCGUGCCCGUCACACCUCUCCCUUGCACCUUGCCCGUUUGACUUCCCUUCAGGGCGGAGGUGCAGGAGCGUGGUUGACGUCGGUGCCGUACGCCGACCCACUGCGCAUCCCGGAGGCGCUGUGGCAGGCGGCUUCAUCUUCUCGUCUUGGUCUCCCUAUCCCCCAGUUAGCCCUUGCAGGUCAGUGCUCCUGCGGACAGGCGAUUGACGACAUGACGGUGCCUCAUCACGCGGUUCGGUGCCCGCGUUACGGGGUCGCCACUACCAUCCACGACACGGUGAAGUACAUGCUUCGAGACUUUGCGGUCGAGGCGGGCUUCGCGGUAAAGGUGGAGGACUCUACGCUGUUCACACAGUUGGAGGCGGCUCGAGCGAGACUACUGGGACAGCCAGUGGUGGGAGAGGGGACACGGGCUGAGGGACCGGGGGAGCGGAGAGGCGAGGCGGGACAGCCGGGUGGCGGGGGACAGUGGGGACGGCACCAGCUGCGGGGUCAGGUGGAGCGAGGGACAGGUGGGCAGAGGGGACGGCAGGGGGAGCAGACGGGCCAGGACGGGGAGGGGGGACGGCACAGGCAGCAGCAGGAGAGCCAGUGGAGGCCGCGGGCCCAGGGCGCCGCGCCUCCAGGUUCGGCCUCGGGGGCGGGGCAGGGGCGGGAGCAGCAGAGAGCGGACGGAGGUACAGGAGGGGCAGCGGGAUUGGGAGGGGAGGGCCAGGGAGUGAGAGAGGCAGCAGGGGAUGGAGCAGGGGGGUCGGGAGGUUUGGGGGAGGGUAGGGAGGGGGAGGGGAGAGGACAGGUGGAUGGAGGAGAGGAGAGGGGGAGAGAGACGAUCGGAGAGGGGGCACCAAGGGACCAGACAGGGCAGCAGCCAGCGCAACAGCAGGGACCAGUCGGACGCACAGGCCGUGUAGGCACCGCCUCCCGCAUUCCAGACCUCACCUGCCGCGACGUUGGCCAGGGUCUGAUGGUUCUUGUGGAUGUCUCCAUAGCGGAUCCACAGCGGGAGGGGAACGUGCAGCUGAGACGGGCGACCCCCACACAGAUUGGAGUGGCAGCAGCUAGGCGGGUGCAGGAGAAGCUGCGUCACUGGGGGCCGCACUUAGAGGGGCUGCAGCCGGCACCACACUUUUACGCGUGCGUGGCGGAGACCUUUGGCCUUCUGAGUGAGCCGCUGCGUCAGUUUCUGGGGCUCUGCGCAAAGAGGAUAGCACAGCGGAGGAGGGAUAGAGGUGGGGGGGAUGACGGAUCGGCACGGAUAUUUGAGGCAGGACUCACUACACGCCUCUCCGUUGCACUGCAGCGCGCGCAGGCUCAAUGCAUGAUCCAGCAUGCGGUGCGGCAGUUAGGGAGUCACACCCCCUGCCCCCUCAUGCCAUCCGCUCCCCCCGCCCCUACCCUCCGCGUGCCCGCUCCCUUGCCGCCUCUUUUGACCCUCCCUGCCCCCCCUCGCCGUUUCCCACCGCCCGCCAUUCGCUCCUCCCCGCCCGUGCGCUCCCCUCCUUUACCUUCUCCUCCCCCCUCCCCUCCUCUGCUGCACGCCUCUUCCUUCCCCUCGCCGACCCACUCCACUCCCUGCCCCUCCUCAAUCCGCACCCUGCCCCUCGUAUCUCGCCCCCCUAUGCUUGGUUUCUCCCCUCCCUGCCCCUCGCCGCCUUUCCCCGCUCCCCACCUCCCCCCUCUCCCUGCCCCCCCCACUCUCCCCCCCCCUUGUCCUUGGCUUCCUACCUCCCUGCCUCACCUUUCCCCCCUCCGUGUGCUCAGCUUCUCCCCUCCCUGCCCCUCCCUCCUCCCCGCCCUGCCCCUCAUUUUCCGCCCCCCCCCCCCACGCCCGGUUUCUCCCCUCCCCGCGCCUCCCUUUCUUUCUCCGUGCCUCUCCUUUGCUCCCUCCCUGCCCCCGCCUGCCCAUGCCCCUGUCUUUGGCUUCUCCCCUCCCUGCCCCACGUUUCUUCCCUCCCUGCCCCCCGUCUGCCCCUCCCUUGUUUUCCCCUCACCCAUUGCUUCUCUCCUCCCUGCCCUUGAUUUCCCACACCCCUGCCCUCGUUUCCUAUCAUCCAUGCCCCUCCCCCUGCCCGUUGCUGCCCCUCCCCUUGCCCCCUCAACUCCCCUGCCCCCCGUACACCCCAAGUCCCAUCCAACCGCCCCCACCCUCCCCCGGCUGCCCGUUUCCGCUCUCCACCCCCGCGACCGUGUGCGGCUUCCAACCGCCCAACGGUGGUGCGCACGGGGCUCACACCCCCUGCCCCCUCAUGCCAUCCGCUCCCCCCGCCCCUACCCUCCGCGUGCCCGCUCCCUUGCCGCCUCUUUUGACCCUCCCUGCCCCCCCUCGCCGUUUCCCACCGCCCGCCAUUCGCUCCUCCCCGCCCGUGCGCUCCCCUCCUUUACCUUCUCCUCCCCCCUCCCCUCCUCUGCUGCACGCCUCUUCCUUCCCCUCGCCGACCCACUCCACUCCCUGCCCCUCCUCAAUCCGCACCCUGCCCCUCGUAUCUCGCCCCCCUAUGCUUGGUUUCUCCCCUCCCUGCCCCUCGCCGCCUUUCCCCGCUCCCCACCUCCCCCCUCUCCCUGCCCCCCCCACUCUCCCCCCCCCCUUGUCCUUGGCUUCCUACCUCCCUGCCUCACCUUUCCCCCCUCCGUGUGCUCAGCUUCUCCCCUCCCUGCCCCUCCCUCCUCCCCGCCCUGCCCCUCAUUUUCCGCCCCCCCCCCCCCACGCCCGGUUUCUCCCCUCCCCGCGCCUCCCUUUCUUUCUCCGUGCCUCUCCUUUGCUCCCUCCCUGCCCCCGCCUGCCCAUGCCCCUGUCUUUGGCUUCUCCCCUCCCUGCCCCACGUUUCUUCCCUCCCUGCCCCCCGUCUGCCCCUCCCUUGUUUUCCCCUCACCCAUUGCUUCUCUCCUCCCUGCCCUUGAUUUCCCACACCCCUGCCCUCGUUUCCUAUCAUCCAUGCCCCUCCCCCUGCCCGUUGCUGCCCCUCCCCUUGCCCCCUCAACUCCCCUGCCCCCCGUACACCCCAAGUCCCAUCCAACCGCCCCCACCCUCCCCCGGCUGCCCGUUUCCGCUCUCCACCCCCGCGACCGUGUGCGGCUUCCAACCGCCCAACGGUGUCACACCCCCUGCCCCCUCAUGCCAUCCGCUCCCCCCGCCCCUACCCUCCGCGUGCCCGCUCCCUUGCCGCCUCUUUUGACCCUCCCUGCCCCCCCUCGCCGUUUCCCACCGCCCGCCAUUCGCUCCUCCCCGCCCGUGCGCUCCCCUCCUUUACCUUCUCCUCCCCCCUCCCCUCCUCUGCUGCACGCCUCUUCCUUCCCCUCGCCGACCCACUCCACUCCCUGCCCCUCCUCAAUCCGCACCCUGCCCCUCGUAUCUCGCCCCCCUAUGCUUGCUUCUCCCCUCCCUGCCCCUCCCUCCUCCCCGCCCUGCCCCUCAUUUUCCGCCCCCCCCCCCCCACGCCCGGUUUCUCCCCUCCCCGCGCCUCCCUUUCUUUCUCCGUGCCUCUCCUUUGCUCCCUCCCUGCCCCCGCCUGCCCAUGCCCCUGUCUUUGGCUUCUCCCCUCCCUGCCCCACGUUUCUUCCCUCCCUGCCCCCCGUCUGCCCCUCCCUUGUUUUCCCCUCACCCAUUGCUUCUCUCCUCCCUGCCCUUGAUUUCCCACACCCCUGCCCUCGUUUCCUAUCAUCCAUGCCCCUCCCCCUGCCCGUUGCUGCCCCUCCCCUUGCCCCCUCAACUCCCCUGCCCCCCGUACACCCCAAGUCCCAUCCAACCGCCCCCACCCUCCCCCGGCUGCCCGUUUCCGCUCUCCACCCCCGCGACCGUGUGCGGCUUCCAACCGCCCAACGGUGUCACACCCCCUGCCCCCUCAUGCCAUCCGCUCCCCCCGCCCCUACCCUCCGCGUGCCCGCUCCCUUGCCGCCUCUUUUGACCCUCCCUGCCCCCCCUCGCCGUUUCCCACCGCCCGCCAUUCGCUCCUCCCCGCCCGUGCGCUCCCCUCCUUUACCUUCUCCUCCCCCCUCCCCUCCUCUGCUGCACGCCUCUUCCUUCCCCUCGCCGACCCACUCCACUCCCUGCCCCUCCUCAAUCCGCACCCUGCCCCUCGUAUCUCGCCCCCCUAUGCUUGCUUCUCCCCUCCCUGCCCCUCCCUCCUCCCCGCCCUGCCCCUCAUUUUCCGCCCCCCCCCCCCCACGCCCGGUUUCUCCCCUCCCCGCGCCUCCCUUUCUUUCUCCGUGCCUCUCCUUUGCUCCCUCCCUGCCCCCGCCUGCCCAUGCCCCUGUCUUUGGCUUCUCCCCUCCCUGCCCCACGUUUCUUCCCUCCCUGCCCCCCGUCUGCCCCUCCCUUGUUUUCCCCUCACCCAUUGCUUCUCUCCUCCCUGCCCUUGAUUUCCCACACCCCUGCCCUCGUUUCCUAUCAUCCAUGCCCCUCCCCCUGCCCGUUGCUGCCCCUCCCCUUGCCCCCUCAACUCCCCUGCCCCCCGUACACCCCAAGUCCCAUCCAACCGCCCCCACCCUCCCCCGGCUGCCCGUUUCCGCUCUCCACCCCCGCGACCGUGUGCGGCUUCCAACCGCCCAACGGUGUCACACCCCCUGCCCCCUCAUGCCAUCCGCUCCCCCCGCCCCUACCCUCCGCGUGCCCGCUCCCUUGCCGCCUCUUUUGACCCUCCCUGCCCCCCCUCGCCGUUUCCCACCGCCCGCCAUUCGCUCCUCCCCGCCCGUGCGCUCCCCUCCUUUACCUUCUCCUCCCCCCUCCCCUCCUCUGCUGCACGCCUCUUCCUUCCCCUCGCCGACCCACUCCACUCCCUGCCCCUCCUCAAUCCGCACCCUGCCCCUCGUAUCUCGCCCCCCUAUGCUUGCUUCUCCCCUCCCUGCCCCUCCCUCCUCCCCGCCCUGCCCCUCAUUUUCCGCCCCCCCCCCCCCACGCCCGGUUUCUCCCCUCCCCGCGCCUCCCUUUCUUUCUCCGUGCCUCUCCUUUGCUCCCUCCCUGCCCCCGCCUGCCCAUGCCCCUGUCUUUGGCUUCUCCCCUCCCUGCCCCACGUUUCUUCCCUCCCUGCCCCCCGUCUGCCCCUCCCUUGUUUUCCCCUCACCCAUUGCUUCUCUCCUCCCUGCCCUUGAUUUCCCACACCCCUGCCCUCGUUUCCUAUCAUCCAUGCCCCUCCCCCUGCCCGUUGCUGCCCCUCCCCUUGCCCCCUCAACUCCCCUGCCCCCCGUACACCCCAAGUCCCAUCCAACCGCCCCCACCCUCCCCCGGCUGCCCGUUUCCGCUCUCCACCCCCGCGACCGUGUGCGGCUUCCAACCGCCCAACGGUGUCACACCCCCUGCCCCCUCAUGCCAUCCGCUCCCCCCGCCCCUACCCUCCGCGUGCCCGCUCCCUUGCCGCCUCUUUUGACCCUCCCUGCCCCCCCUCGCCGUUUCCCACCGCCCGCCAUUCGCUCCUCCCCGCCCGUGCGCUCCCCUCCUUUACCUUCUCCUCCCCCCUCCCCUCCUCUGCUGCACGCCUCUUCCUUCCCCUCGCCGACCCACUCCACUCCCUGCCCCUCCUCAAUCCGCACCCUGCCCCUCGUAUCUCGCCCCCCUAUGCUUGCUUCUCCCCUCCCUGCCCCUCCCUCCUCCCCGCCCUGCCCCUCAUUUUCCGCCCCCCCCCCCCCACGCCCGGUUUCUCCCCUCCCCGCGCCUCCCUUUCUUUCUCCGUGCCUCUCCUUUGCUCCCUCCCUGCCCCCGCCUGCCCAUGCCCCUGUCUUUGGCUUCUCCCCUCCCUGCCCCACGUUUCUUCCCUCCCUGCCCCCCGUCUGCCCCUCCCUUGUUUUCCCCUCACCCAUUGCUUCUCUCCUCCCUGCCCUUGAUUUCCCACACCCCUGCCCUCGUUUCCUAUCAUCCAUGCCCCUCCCCCUGCCCGUUGCUGCCCCUCCCCUUGCCCCCUCAACUCCCCUGCCCCCCGUACACCCCAAGUCCCAUCCAACCGCCCCCACCCUCCCCCGGCUGCCCGUUUCCGCUCUCCACCCCCGCGACCGUGUGCGGCUUCCAACCGCCCAACGGUGUCACACCCCCUGCCCCCUCAUGCCAUCCGCUCCCCCCGCCCCUACCCUCCGCGUGCCCGCUCCCUUGCCGCCUCUUUUGACCCUCCCUGCCCCCCCUCGCCGUUUCCCACCGCCCGCCAUUCGCUCCUCCCCGCCCGUGCGCUCCCCUCCUUUACCUUCUCCUCCCCCCUCCCCUCCUCUGCUGCACGCCUCUUCCUUCCCCUCGCCGACCCACUCCACUCCCUGCCCCUCCUCAAUCCGCACCCUGCCCCUCGUAUCUCGCCCCCCUAUGCUUGGUUUCUCCCCUCCCUGCCCCUCGCCGCCUUUCCCCGCUCCCCACCUCCCCCCUCUCCCUGCCCCCCCCACUCUCCCCCCCCCUUGUCCUUGGCUUCCUACCUCCCUGCCUCACCUUUCCCCCCUCCGUGUGCUCAGCUUCUCCCCUCCCUGCCCCUCCCUCCUCCCCGCCCUGCCCCUCAUUUUCCGCCCCCCCCCCCGCCCCCCCCCACGCCCGGUUUCUCCCCUCCCCGCGCCUCCCUUUCUUUCUCCGUGCCUCUCCUUUGCUCCCUCCCUGCCCCCGCCUGCCCAUGCCCCUGUCUUUGGCUUCUCCCCUCCCUGCCCCACGUUUCUUCCCUCCCUGCCCCCCGUCUGCCCCUCCCUUGUUUUCCCCUCACCCAUUGCUUCUCUCCUCCCUGCCCUUGAUUUCCCACACCCCUGCCCUCGUUUCCUAUCAUCCAUGCCCCUCCCCCUGCCCGUUGCUGCCCCUCCCCUUGCCCCCUCAACUCCCCUGCCCCCCGUACACCCCAAGUCCCAUCCAACCGCCCCCACCCUCCCCCGGCUGCCCGUUUCCGCUCUCCACCCCCGCGACCGUGUGCGGCUUCCAACCGCCCAACGGUGUCACACCCCCUGCCCCCUCAUGCCAUCCGCUCCCCCCGCCCCUACCCUCCGCGUGCCCGCUCCCUUGCCGCCUCUUUUGACCCUCCCUGCCCCCCCUCGCCGUUUCCCACCGCCCGCCAUUCGCUCCUCCCCGCCCGUGCGCUCCCCUCCUUUACCUUCUCCUCCCCCCUCCCCUCCUCUGCUGCACGCCUCUUCCUUCCCCUCGCCGACCCACUCCACUCCCUGCCCCUCCUCAAUCCGCACCCUGCCCCUCGUAUCUCGCCCCCCUAUGCUUGCUUCUCCCCUCCCUGCCCCUCCCUCCUCCCCGCCCUGCCCCUCAUUUUCCGCCCCCCCCCCCCCACGCCCGGUUUCUCCCCUCCCCGCGCCUCCCUUUCUUUCUCCGUGCCUCUCCUUUGCUCCCUCCCUGCCCCCGCCUGCCCAUGCCCCUGUCUUUGGCUUCUCCCCUCCCUGCCCCACGUUUCUUCCCUCCCUGCCCCCCGUCUGCCCCUCCCUUGUUUUCCCCUCACCCAUUGCUUCUCUCCUCCCUGCCCUUGAUUUCCCACACCCCUGCCCUCGUUUCCUAUCAUCCAUGCCCCUCCCCCUGCCCGUUGCUGCCCCUCCCCUUGCCCCCUCAACUCCCCUGCCCCCCGUACACCCCAAGUCCCAUCCAACCGCCCCCACCCUCCCCCGGCUGCCCGUUUCCGCUCUCCACCCCCGCGACCGUGUGCGGCUUCCAACCGCCCAACGGUGUCACACCCCCUGCCCCCUCAUGCCAUCCGCUCCCCCCGCCCCUACCCUCCGCGUGCCCGCUCCCUUGCCGCCUCUUUUGACCCUCCCUGCCCCCCCUCGCCGUUUCCCACCGCCCGCCAUUCGCUCCUCCCCGCCCGUGCGCUCCCCUCCUUUACCUUCUCCUCCCCCCUCCCCUCCUCUGCUGCACGCCUCUUCCUUCCCCUCGCCGACCCACUCCACUCCCUGCCCCUCCUCAAUCCGCACCCUGCCCCUCGUAUCUCGCCCCCCUAUGCUUGGUUUCUCCCCUCCCUGCCCCUCGCCGCCUUUCCCCGCUCCCCACCUCCCCCCUCUCCCUGCCCCCCCCACUCUCCCCCCCCCCCCUUGUCCUUGGCUUCCUACCUCCCUGCCUCACCUUUCCCCCCUCCGUGUGCUCAGCUUCUCCCCUCCCUGCCCCUCCCUCCUCCCCGCCCUGCCCCUCAUUUUCCGCCCCCCCCCCCCCACGCCCGGUUUCUCCCCUCCCCGCGCCUCCCUUUCUUUCUCCGUGCCUCUCCUUUGCUCCCUCCCUGCCCCCGCCUGCCCAUGCCCCUGUCUUUGGCUUCUCCCCUCCCUGCCCCACCCCCUGCCCGUUGCUGCCCCUCCCCUUGCCCCCUCAACUCCCCUGCCCCCCGUACACCCCAAGUCCCAUCCAACCGCCCCCACCCUCCCCCGGCUGCCCGUUUCCGCUCUCCACCCCCGCGACCGUGUGCGGCUUCCAACCGCCCAACGGUGGUGCGCACGGGGCUCACACCCCCUGCCCCCUCAUGCCAUCCGCUCCCCCCGCCCCUACCCUCCGCGUGCCCGCUCCCUUGCCGCCUCUUUUGACCCUCCCUGCCCCCCCUCGCCGUUUCCCACCGCCCGCCAUUCGCUCCUCCCCGCCCGUGCGCUCCCCUCCUUUACCUUCUCCUCCCCCCUCCCCUCCUCUGCUGCACGCCUCUUCCUUCCCCUCGCCGACCCACUCCACUCCCUGCCCCUCCUCAAUCCGCACCCUGCCCCUCGUAUCUCGCCCCCCUAUGCUUGGUUUCUCCCCUCCCUGCCCCUCGCCGCCUUUCCCCGCUCCCCACCUCCCCCCUCUCCCUGCCCCCCCCACUCUCCCCCCCCCCUUGUCCUUGGCUUCCUACCUCCCUGCCUCACCUUUCCCCCCUCCGUGUGCUCAGCUUCUCCCCUCCCUGCCCCUCCCUCCUCCCCGCCCUGCCCCUCAUUUUCCGCCCCCCCCCCCCCACGCCCGGUUUCUCCCCUCCCCGCGCCUCCCUUUCUUUCUCCGUGCCUCUCCUUUGCUCCCUCCCUGCCCCCGCCUGCCCAUGCCCCUGUCUUUGGCUUCUCCCCUCCCUGCCCCACGUUUCUUCCCUCCCUGCCCCCCGUCUGCCCCUCCCUUGUUUUCCCCUCACCCAUUGCUUCUCUCCUCCCUGCCCUUGAUUUCCCACACCCCUGCCCUCGUUUCCUAUCAUCCAUGCCCCUCCCCCUGCCCGUUGCUGCCCCUCCCCUUGCCCCCUCAACUCCCCUGCCCCCCGUACACCCCAAGUCCCAUCCAACCGCCCCCACCCUCCCCCGGCUGCCCGUUUCCGCUCUCCACCCCCGCGACCGUGUGCGGCUUCCAACCGCCCAACGGUGGUGCGCACGGGGCUCACACCCCCUGCCCCCUCAUGCCAUCCGCUCCCCCCGCCCCUACCCUCCGCGUGCCCGCUCCCUUGCCGCCUCUUUUGACCCUCCCUGCCCCCCCUCGCCGUUUCCCACCGCCCGCCAUUCGCUCCUCCCCGCCCGUGCGCUCCCCUCCUUUACCUUCUCCUCCCCCCUCCCCUCCUCUGCUGCACGCCUCUUCCUUCCCCUCGCCGACCCACUCCACUCCCUGCCCCUCCUCAAUCCGCACCCUGCCCCUCGUAUCUCGCCCCCCUAUGCUUGGUUUCUCCCCUCCCUGCCCCUCGCCGCCUUUCCCCGCUCCCCACCUCCCCCCUCUCCCUGCCCCCCCCCACUCUCCCCCCCCCUUGUCCUUGGCUUCCUACCUCCCUGCCUCACCUUUCCCCCCUCCGUGUGCUCAGCUUCUCCCCUCCCUGCCCCUCCCUCCUCCCCGCCCUGCCCCUCAUUUUCCGCCCCCCCCCCCCCACGCCCGGUUUCUCCCCUCCCCGCGCCUCCCUUUCUUUCUCCGUGCCUCUCCUUUGCUCCCUCCCUGCCCCCGCCUGCCCAUGCCCCUGUCUUUGGCUUCUCCCCUCCCUGCCCCACGUUUCUUCCCUCCCUGCCCCCCGUCUGCCCCUCCCUUGUUUUCCCCUCACCCAUUGCUUCUCUCCUCCCUGCCCUUGAUUUCCCACACCCCUGCCCUCGUUUCCUAUCAUCCAUGCCCCUCGUUUCCCCCCUUUGUACGUUCAGCCUCUUCCCUCCCUGCCCCUCCCUUCCUCCCCCCCUGCCCUUUGCUCUCCCCUCGUUACGCUCCCUUCUCCCCAUCCCUGCUGCCCUCUUACCACCAUCAGCCCAUCCCCACGACCAGCCCCCCUCCCACCCUUCAAUCCCCCCCUCCCUCUCUCUCUCUCUCUCUCUCUCUCUCUCUCUCUUUCUCACACACACACACACACACGCACACUCCCCUCCCCCACCCCCCCCCACCUACAUCCUCCCAUUCUGCCCCUCCCUGCCCCUUUCCCACCCCCUCGCACGCCCCUCACCUCCCACCUCCGUGCAACUGGUUUCCCCCCUAUGGUGCCACCCUUGCAUCGCUCGCCCCUCUGCUCACCCUCUGCCCGCCCCUUUUCCGUGCCCUCAGUUGGCCCAGCCCCUGCCCGUUGCUGCCCCUCCCCUUGCCCCCUCAACUCCCCUGCCCCCCGUACACCCCAAGUCCCAUCCAACCGCCCCCACCCUCCCCCGGCUGCCCGUUUCCGCUCUCCACCCCCGCGACCGUGUGCGGCUUCCAACCGCCCAACGGUGGUGCGCACGGGGCUCACACCCCCUGCCCCCUCAUGCCAUCCGCUCCCCCCGCCCCUACCCUCCGCGUGCCCGCUCCCUUGCCGCCUCUUUUGACCCUCCCUGCCCCCCCUCGCCGUUUCCCACCGCCCGCCAUUCGCUCCUCCCCGCCCGUGCGCUCCCCUCCUUUACCUUCUCCUCCCCCCUCCCCUCCUCUGCUGCACGCCUCUUCCUUCCCCUCGCCGACCCACUCCACUCCCUGCCCCUCCUCAAUCCGCACCCUGCCCCUCGUAUCUCGCCCCCCUAUGCUUGGUUUCUCCCCUCCCUGCCCCUCGCCGCCUUUCCCCGCUCCCCACCUCCCCCCUCUCCCUGCCCCCCCCACUCUCCCCCCCCCCUUGUCCUUGGCUUCCUACCUCCCUGCCUCACCUUUCCCCCCUCCGUGUGCUCAGCUUCUCCCCUCCCUGCCCCUCCCUCCUCCCCGCCCUGCCCCUCAUUUUCCGCCCCCCCCCCCCCACGCCCGGUUUCUCCCCUCCCCGCGCCUCCCUUUCUUUCUCCGUGCCUCUCCUUUGCUCCCUCCCUGCCCCCGCCUGCCCAUGCCCCUGUCUUUGGCUUCUCCCCUCCCUGCCCCACGUUUCUUCCCUCCCUGCCCCCCGUCUGCCCCUCCCUUGUUUUCCCCUCACCCAUUGCUUCUCUCCUCCCUGCCCUUGAUUUCCCACACCCCUGCCCUCGUUUCCUAUCAUCCAUGCCCCUCCCCCUGCCCGUUGCUGCCCCUCCCCUUGCCCCCUCAACUCCCCUGCCCCCGUACACCCCAAGUCCCAUCCAACCGCCCCCACCCUCCCCCGGCUGCCCGUUUCCGCUCUCCACCCCCGCGACCGUGUGCGGCUUCCAACCGCCCAACGGUGGUGCGCACGGGGCUCACACCCCCUGCCCCCUCAUGCCAUCCGCUCCCCCCGCCCCUACCCUCCGCGUGCCCGCUCCCUUGCCGCCUCUUUUGACCCUCCCUGCCCCCCCUCGCCGUUUCCCACCGCCCGCCAUUCGCUCCUCCCCGCCCGUGCGCUCCCCUCCUUUACCUUCUCCUCCCCCCUCCCCUCCUCUGCUGCACGCCUCUUCCUUCCCCUCGCCGACCCACUCCACUCCCUGCCCCUCCUCAAUCCGCACCCUGCCCCUCGUAUCUCGCCCCCCUAUGCUUGGUUUCUCCCCUCCCUGCCCCUCGCCGCCUUUCCCCGCUCCCCACCUCCCCCCUCUCCCUGCCCCCCCCACUCUCCCCCCCCCCUUGUCCUUGGCUUCCUACCUCCCUGCCUCACCUUUCCCCCCUCCGUGUGCUCAGCUUCUCCCCUCCCUGCCCCUCCCUCCUCCCCGCCCUGCCCCUCAUUUUCCGCCCCCCCCCCCCCACGCCCGGUUUCUCCCCUCCCCGCGCCUCCCUUUCUUUCUCCGUGCCUCUCCUUUGCUCCCUCCCUGCCCCCGCCUGCCCAUGCCCCUGUCUUUGGCUUCUCCCCUCCCUGCCCCACGUUUCUUCCCUCCCUGCCCCCCGUCUGCCCCUCCCUUGUUUUCCCCUCACCCAUUGCUUCUCUCCUCCCUGCCCUUGAUUUCCCACACCCCUGCCCUCGUUUCCUAUCAUCCAUGCCCCUCGUUUCCCCCCUUUCCCCUGCCCGUUGCUGCCCCUCCCCUUGCCCCCUCAACUCCCCUGCCCCCCGUACACCCCAAGUCCCAUCCAACCGCCCCCACCCUCCCCCGGCUGCCCGUUUCCGCUCUCCACCCCCGCGACCGUGUGCGGCUUCCAACCGCCCAACGGUGUCACACCCCCUGCCCCCUCAUGCCAUCCGCUCCCCCCGCCCCUACCCUCCGCGUGCCCGCUCCCUUGCCGCCUCUUUUGACCCUCCCUGCCCCCCCUCGCCGUUUCCCACCGCCCGCCAUUCGCUCCUCCCCGCCCGUGCGCUCCCCUCCUUUACCUUCUCCUCCCCCCUCCCCUCCUCUGCUGCACGCCUCUUCCUUCCCCUCGCCGACCCACUCCACUCCCUGCCCCUCCUCAAUCCGCACCCUGCCCCUCGUAUCUCGCCCCCCUAUGCUUGGUUUCUCCCCUCCCUGCCCCUCGCCGCCUUUCCCCGCUCCCCACCUCCCCCCUCUCCCUGCCCCCCCCACUCUCCCCCCCCCUUGUCCUUGGCUUCCUACCUCCCUGCCUCACCUUUCCCCCCUCCGUGUGCUCAGCUUCUCCCCUCCCUGCCCCUCCCUCCUCCCCGCCCUGCCCCUCAUUUUCCGCCCCCCCCCCCCCCACGCCCGGUUUCUCCCCUCCCCGCGCCUCCCUUUCUUUCUCCGUGCCUCUCCUUUGCUCCCUCCCUGCCCCCGCCUGCCCAUGCCCCUGUCUUUGGCUUCUCCCCUCCCUGCCCCACGUUUCUUCCCUCCCUGCCCCCCGUCUGCCCCUCCCUUGUUUUCCCCUCACCCAUUGCUUCUCUCCUCCCUGCCCUUGAUUUCCCACACCCCUGCCCUCGUUUCCUAUCAUCCAUGCCCCUCGUUUCCCCCCUUUGUACGUUCAGCCUCUUCCCUCCCUGCCCCUCCCUUCCUCCCCCCCUGCCCUUUGCUCUCCCCUCGUUACGCUCCCUUCUCCCCAUCCCUGCUGCCCUCUUACCACCAUCAGCCCAUCCCCACGACCAGCCCCCCUCCCACCCUUCAAUCCCCCCCUCCCUCUCUCUCUCUCUCUCUCUCUCUCUCUCUCUCUUUCUCACACACACACACACACACGCACACUCCCCUCCCCCACCCCCCCCCACCUACAUCCUCCCAUUCUGCCCCUCCCUGCCCCUUUCCCACCCCCUCGCACGCCCCUCACCUCCCACCUCCGUGCAACUGGUUUCCCCCCUAUGGUGCCACCCUUGCAUCGCUCGCCCCUCUGCUCACCCUCUGCCCGCCCCUUUUCCGUGCCCUCAGUUGGCCCAGCCCCUGCCCGUUGCUGCCCCUCCCCUUGCCCCCUCAACUCCCCUGCCCCCUGUACACCCCAAGUCCCAUCCAACCGCCCCCACCCUCCCCCGGCUGCCCGUUUCCGCUCUCCACCCCCGCGACCGUGUGCGGCUUCCAACCGCCCAACGGUGGUGCGCACGGGGCUCACACCCCCUGCCCCCUCAUGCCAUCCGCUCCCCCCGCCCCUACCCUCCGCGUGCCCGCUCCCUUGCCGCCUCUUUUGACCCUCCCUGCCCCCCCUCGCCGUUUCCCACCGCCCGCCAUUCGCUCCUCCCCGCCCGUGCGCUCCCCUCCUUUACCUUCUCCUCCCCCCUCCCCUCCUCUGCUGCACGCCUCUUCCUUCCCCUCGCCGACCCACUCCACUCCCUGCCCCUCCUCAAUCCGCACCCUGCCCCUCGUAUCUCGCCCCCCUAUGCUUGGUUUCUCCCCUCCCUGCCCCUCGCCGCCUUUCCCCGCUCCCCACCUCCCCCCUCUCCCUGCCCCCCCCACUCUCCCCCCCCCUUGUCCUUGGCUUCCUACCUCCCUGCCUCACCUUUCCCCCCUCCGUGUGCUCAGCUUCUCCCCUCCCUGCCCCUCCCUCCUCCCCGCCCUGCCCCUCAUUUUCCGCCCCCCCCCCCCCCACGCCCGGUUUCUCCCCUCCCCGCGCCUCCCUUUCUUUCUCCGUGCCUCUCCUUUGCUCCCUCCCUGCCCCCGCCUGCCCAUGCCCCUGUCUUUGGCUUCUCCCCUCCCUGCCCCACGUUUCUUCCCUCCCUGCCCCCCGUCUGCCCCUCCCUUGUUUUCCCCUCACCCAUUGCUUCUCUCCUCCCUGCCCUUGAUUUCCCACACCCCUGCCCUCGUUUCCUAUCAUCCAUGCCCCUCGUUUCCCCCCUUUCCCCUGCCCGUUGCUGCCCCUCCCCUUGCCCCCUCAACUCCCCUGCCCCCCGUACACCCCAAGUCCCAUCCAACCGCCCCCACCCUCCCCCGGCUGCCCGUUUCCGCUCUCCACCCCCGCGACCGUGUGCGGCUUCCAACCGCCCAACGGUGGUGCGCACGGGGCUCACACCCCCUGCCCCCUCAUGCCAUCCGCUCCCCCCGCCCCUACCCUCCGCGUGCCCGCUCCCUUGCCGCCUCUUUUGACCCUCCCUGCCCCCCCUCGCCGUUUCCCACCGCCCGCCAUUCGCUCCUCCCCGCCCGUGCGCUCCCCUCCUUUACCUUCUCCUCCCCCCUCCCCUCCUCUGCUGCACGCCUCUUCCUUCCCCUCGCCGACCCACUCCACUCCCUGCCCCUCCUCAAUCCGCACCCUGCCCCUCGUAUCUCGCCCCCCUAUGCUUGGUUUCUCCCCUCCCUGCCCCUCGCCGCCUUUCCCCGCUCCCCACCUCCCCCCUCUCCCUGCCCCCCCCCCCCACUCUCCCCCCCCCUUGUCCUUGGCUUCCUACCUCCCUGCCUCACCUUUCCCCCCUCCGUGUGCUCAGCUUCUCCCCUCCCUGCCCCUCCCUCCUCCCCGCCCUGCCCCUCAUUUUCCGCCCCCCCCCCCCCACGCCCGGUUUCUCCCCUCCCCGCGCCUCCCUUUCUUUCUCCGUGCCUCUCCUUUGCUCCCUCCCUGCCCCCGCCUGCCCAUGCCCCUGUCUUUGGCUUCUCCCCUCCCUGCCCCACGUUUCUUCCCUCCCUGCCCCCCGUCUGCCCCUCCCUUGUUUUCCCCUCACCCAUUGCUUCUCUCCUCCCUGCCCUUGAUUUCCCACACCCCUGCCCUCGUUUCCUAUCAUCCAUGCCCCUCCCCCUGCCCGUUGCUGCCCCUCCCCUUGCCCCCUCAACUCCCCUGCCCCCCGUACACCCCAAGUCCCAUCCAACCGCCCCCACCCUCCCCCGGCUGCCCGUUUCCGCUCUCCACCCCCGCGACCGUGUGCGGCUUCCAACCGCCCAACGGUGUCACACCCCCUGCCCCCUCAUGCCAUCCGCUCCCCCCGCCCCUACCCUCCGCGUGCCCGCUCCCUUGCCGCCUCUUUUGACCCUCCCUGCCCCCCCUCGCCGUUUCCCACCGCCCGCCAUUCGCUCCUCCCCGCCCGUGCGCUCCCCUCCUUUACCUUCUCCUCCCCCCUCCCCUCCUCUGCUGCACGCCUCUUCCUUCCCCUCGCCGACCCACUCCACUCCCUGCCCCUCCUCAAUCCGCACCCUGCCCCUCGUAUCUCGCCCCCCUAUGCUUGCUUCUCCCCUCCCUGCCCCUCCCUCCUCCCCGCCCUGCCCCUCAUUUUCCGCCCCCCCCCCCCCACGCCCGGUUUCUCCCCUCCCCGCGCCUCCCUUUCUUUCUCCGUGCCUCUCCUUUGCUCCCUCCCUGCCCCCGCCUGCCCAUGCCCCUGUCUUUGGCUUCUCCCCUCCCUGCCCCACGUUUCUUCCCUCCCUGCCCCCCGUCUGCCCCUCCCUUGUUUUCCCCUCACCCAUUGCUUCUCUCCUCCCUGCCCUUGAUUUCCCACACCCCUGCCCUCGUUUCCUAUCAUCCAUGCCCCUCCCCCUGCCCGUUGCUGCCCCUCCCCUUGCCCCCUCAACUCCCCUGCCCCCCGUACACCCCAAGUCCCAUCCAACCGCCCCCACCCUCCCCCGGCUGCCCGUUUCCGCUCUCCACCCCCGCGACCGUGUGCGGCUUCCAACCGCCCAACGGUGUCACACCCCCUGCCCCCUCAUGCCAUCCGCUCCCCCCGCCCCUACCCUCCGCGUGCCCGCUCCCUUGCCGCCUCUUUUGACCCUCCCUGCCCCCCCUCGCCGUUUCCCACCGCCCGCCAUUCGCUCCUCCCCGCCCGUGCGCUCCCCUCCUUUACCUUCUCCUCCCCCCUCCCCUCCUCUGCUGCACGCCUCUUCCUUCCCCUCGCCGACCCACUCCACUCCCUGCCCCUCCUCAAUCCGCACCCUGCCCCUCGUAUCUCGCCCCCCUAUGCUUGCUUCUCCCCUCCCUGCCCCUCCCUCCUCCCCGCCCUGCCCCUCAUUUUCCGCCCCCCCCCCCCCACGCCCGGUUUCUCCCCUCCCCGCGCCUCCCUUUCUUUCUCCGUGCCUCUCCUUUGCUCCCUCCCUGCCCCCGCCUGCCCAUGCCCCUGUCUUUGGCUUCUCCCCUCCCUGCCCCACGUUUCUUCCCUCCCUGCCCCCCGUCUGCCCCUCCCUUGUUUUCCCCUCACCCAUUGCUUCUCUCCUCCCUGCCCUUGAUUUCCCACACCCCUGCCCUCGUUUCCUAUCAUCCAUGCCCCUCGUUUCCCCCCUUUGUACGUUCAGCCUCUUCCCUCCCUGCCCCUCCCUUCCUCCCCCCCUGCCCUUUGCUCUCCCCUCGUUACGCUCCCUUCUCCCCAUCCCUGCUGCCCUCUUACCACCAUCAGCCCAUCCCCACGACCAGCCCCCCUCCCACCCUUCAAUCCCCCCCUCUCUCUCCCUCUCUCUCUCUCUCUCUCUCUCUCUCUCUCUCUUUCUCACACAGCCACACACACGCACACUCCCCUCCCCCACCCCCCCCCACCUACAUCCUCCCAUUCUGCCCCUCCCUGCCCCUUUCCCACCCCCUCGCACGCCCCUCACCUCCCACCUCCGUGCAACUGGUUUCCCCCCUAUGGUGCCACCCUUGCAUCGCUCGCCCCUCUGCUCACCCUCUGCCCGCCCCUUUUCCGUGCCCUCAGUUGGCCCAGCCCCUGCCCGUUGCUGCCCCUCCCCUUGCCCCCUCAACUCCCCUGCCCCCCGUACACCCCAAGUCCCAUCCAACCGCCCCACCCUCCCCCGGCUGCCCGUUUCCGCUCUCCACCCCCGCGACCGUGUGCGGCUUCCAACCGCCCAACGGUGUCACACCCCCUGCCCCCUCAUGCCAUCCGCUCCCCCCGCCCCUACCCUCCGCGUGCCCGCUCCCUUGCCGCCUCUUUUGACCCUCCCUGCCCCCCCUCGCCGUUUCCCACCGCCCGCCAUUCGCUCCUCCCCGCCCGUGCGCUCCCCUCCUUUACCUUCUCCUCCCCCCUCCCCUCCUCUGCUGCACGCCUCUUCCUUCCCCUCGCCGACCCACUCCACUCCCUGCCCCUCCUCAAUCCGCACCCUGCCCCUCGUAUCUCGCCCCCCUAUGCUUGGUUUCUCCCCUCCCUGCCCCUCGCCGCCUUUCCCCGCUCCCCACCUCCCCCCUCUCCCUGCCCCCCCCACUCUCCCCCCCCCUUGUCCUUGGCUUCCUACCUCCCUGCCUCACCUUUCCCCCCUCCGUGUGCUCAGCUUCUCCCCUCCCUGCCCCUCCCUCCUCCCCGCCCUGCCCCUCAUUUUCCGCCCCCCCCCCCCCCACGCCCGGUUUCUCCCCUCCCCGCGCCUCCCUUUCUUUCUCCGUGCCUCUCCUUUGCUCCCUCCCUGCCCCCGCCUGCCCAUGCCCCUGUCUUUGGCUUCUCCCCUCCCUGCCCCACGUUUCUUCCCUCCCUGCCCCCCGUCUGCCCCUCCCUUGUUUUCCCCUCACCCAUUGCUUCUCUCCUCCCUGCCCUUGAUUUCCCACACCCCUGCCCUCGUUUCCUAUCAUCCAUGCCCCUCUUGGCCCAGCCCCUGCCCGUUGCUGCCCCUCCCCUUGCCCCCUCAACUCCCCUGCCCCCCGUACACCCCAAGUCCCAUCCAACCGCCCCCACCCUCCCCCGGCUGCCCGUUUCCGCUCUCCACCCCCGCGACCGUGUGCGGCUUCCAACCGCCCAACGGUGGUGCGCACGGGGCGUUUCUUCGCAUGGGCAAGCCUCCCCGGGGGCCCCCCACCCCGCUGGGGUCGUUUCACACCCCCUGCCCCCUCAUGCCAUCCGCUCCCCCCGCCCCUACCCUCCGCGUGCCCGCUCCCUUGCCGCCUCUUUUGACCCUCCCUGCCCCCCCUCGCCGUUUCCCACCGCCCGCCAUUCGCUCCUCCCCGCCCGUGCGCUCCCCUCCUUUACCUUCUCCUCCCCCCUCCCCUCCUCUGCUGCACGCCUCUUCCUUCCCCUCGCCGACCCACUCCACUCCCUGCCCCUCCUCAAUCCGCACCCUGCCCCUCGUAUCUCGCCCCCCUAUGCUUGCUUCUCCCCUCCCUGCCCCUCCCUCCUCCCCGCCCUGCCCCUCAUUUUCCGCCCCCCCCCCCCCACGCCCGGUUUCUCCCCUCCCCGCGCCUCCCUUUCUUUCUCCGUGCCUCUCCUUUGCUCCCUCCCUGCCCCCGCCUGCCCAUGCCCCUGUCUUUGGCUUCUCCCCUCCCUGCCCCACGUUUCUUCCCUCCCUGCCCCCCGUCUGCCCCUCCCUUGUUUUCCCCUCACCCAUUGCUUCUCUCCUCCCUGCCCUUGAUUUCCCACACCCCUGCCCUCGUUUCCUAUCAUCCAUGCCCCUCCCCCUGCCCGUUGCUGCCCCUCCCCUUGCCCCCUCAACUCCCCUGCCCCCCGUACACCCCAAGUCCCAUCCAACCGCCCCCACCCUCCCCCGGCUGCCCGUUUCCGCUCUCCACCCCCGCGACCGUGUGCGGCUUCCAACCGCCCAACGGUGGUGCGCACGGGGCUCACACCCCCUGCCCCCUCAUGCCAUCCGCUCCCCCCGCCCCUACCCUCCGCGUGCCCGCUCCCUUGCCGCCUCUUUUGACCCUCCCUGCCCCCCCUCGCCGUUUCCCACCGCCCGCCAUUCGCUCCUCCCCGCCCGUGCGCUCCCCUCCUUUACCUUCUCCUCCCCCCUCCCCUCCUCUGCUGCACGCCUCUUCCUUCCCCUCGCCGACCCACUCCACUCCCUGCCCCUCCUCAAUCCGCACCCUGCCCCUCGUAUCUCGCCCCCCUAUGCUUGGUUUCUCCCCUCCCUGCCCCUCGCCGCCUUUCCCCGCUCCCCACCUCCCCCCUCUCCCUGCCCCCCCCCACUCUCCCCCCCCCCUUGUCCUUGGCUUCCUACCUCCCUGCCUCACCUUUCCCCCCUCCGUGUGCUCAGCUUCUCCCCUCCCUGCCCCUCCCUCCUCCCCGCCCUGCCCCUCAUUUUCCGCCCCCCCCCCCCCCACGCCCGGUUUCUCCCCUCCCCGCGCCUCCCUUUCUUUCUCCGUGCCUCUCCUUUGCUCCCUCCCUGCCCCCGCCUGCCCAUGCCCCUGUCUUUGGCUUCUCCCCUCCCUGCCCCACGUUUCUUCCCUCCCUGCCCCCCGUCUGCCCCUCCCUUGUUUUCCCCUCACCCAUUGCUUCUCUCCUCCCUGCCCUUGAUUUCCCACACCCUGCCCUCGUUUCCUAUCAUCCAUGCCCCUCGUUUCCCCCCUUUGUACGUUCAGCCUCUUCCCUCCCUGCCCCUCCCUUCCUCCCCCCCUGCCCUUUGCUCUCCCCUCGUUACGCUCCCUUCUCCCCAUCCCUGCUGCCCUCUUACCACCAUCAGCCCAUCCCACGACCAGCCCCCCUCCCACCCUUCAAUCCCCCCCUCCCUCUCUCUCUCUCUCUCUCUCUCUCUCUCUCUCUCUCUUUCUCACACACACACACACACGCACACUCCCCUCCCCCAACCCCCCCCCACCUACAUCCUCCCAUUCUGCCCCUCCCUGCCCCUUUCCCACCCCCUCGCACGCCCCUCACCUCCCACCUCCGUGCAACUGGUUUCCCCCCUAUGGUGCCACCCUUGCAUCGCUCGCCCCUCUGCUCACCCUCUGCCCGCCCCUUUUCCGUGCCCUCAGUUGGCCCAGCCCCUGCCCGUUGCUGCCCCUCCCCUUGCCCCCUCAACUCCCCUGCCCCCCGUACACCCCAAGUCCCAUCCAACCGCCCCCACCCUCCCCCGGCUGCCCGUUUCCGCUCUCCACCCCCGCGACCGUGUGCGGCUUCCAACCGCCCAACGGUGGUGCGCACGGGGCCAUUACCGCCCCUCUCCCUUAUCCCCCACCACGCCCCCAAGCAGGCCUUUCUCCCCCCAGCCUCCCGUCUCCCUGCCCUUAGUACCGCCGCGCUCUGCCCGUGCGUCACCCUUGCCCACUUCAUACCACCUCCCCCUUCUCCCCCCCCCCCGGCUUCUCCCUAUCAUCACCCGCAUGUUCCCCCACUCCCCUGUCCACAACGUCCCUCCACCCCCCUUCCUGCUUUCCCCACUCCCACUCUGCCCCCCACACCUCUACGAGCCGUACUUCCCCCUCCAGCCUCCCUUUCCCCCCCAGCUACUUCCGCAUCCAGCGUGGGCUGCACCUCUGCAUCCCGCCCUGCCAGGCCCUUCGGUGACCCAACUGCCGCCACCUGGCACCACGCCGCCUUUCCCACCCCCAUCCAAUCUCUACACCCCCUGCCCCUGCUCCCUGCGCAAUCCAGCCACCUACCCCAGCCUCCCUCUACCUCUCCCUAACUCCACACCGCCGUUCCUACCCCCAGCCAAGGUCUACACCCCUUGCUUUUGCUCCCUGGGCUGUGCCGUCCCCAACCUCCCUCCGCCUUUCCGCGGCACCAGACCGCCUCUCCCUCCCCCAGCCAACUUUUGCACCCCCUGUUCCUGCCCCUUGUGCCCUCCAACACCCUACCUCAACCCCCCCCAGUCUCCCCCUUCUCCAACACCCUCCAUAUUUCCUCCCCCCUGGGGCUCGCCCAUCCGCAGCUAUCACCCUUCAUCGAUUCCCCAAUUCCCUCUGUCCCCUGUUUCCCGGCCCCGCAUCCUAUCCUGCAUUUACCACAGCACCUCCUUUCGGUGCCCUCUCUGCCCUCCCACGUUCUCACCCCCCGCCUCCCAACCUUCUCAUUACCCGCUACCAGGCUCACGCCAACUCGACUACCCACUACCCUUUGCCCCUUCCUCUCUGUUCCCCACCCUUCCUUUCCCACCUGGCUCCACCUGCCCACCCCCACCUCCCGUGGAAUUCUGCCCUGCCCUCCCCACCUCUGGCCCACCACCUGUCCCCACACCCUGCUCACCCACCGCUACACCACCCCCGCCCCCCCACCUCCACUACAGCCCGCCAACACUUCCCCUCUCAAUCGGCCCCCAGCCCGCCCCCCCCUUGGGCCCCAAUCCCCUCCAACUGUCAGGCCCCCUCUACCCUCUCUUCCACCCACUGCGCACCGCUUUCCCCACCCUUUUCCCCUUUCCCCAAGCUAACCCCCCGCACCCCGGCCUCUGCCAGGGAGUUCCUUCCCCCUUUGACGCCCUCUUGAGCCAACCCCAGCAACUCACACCGCCACCGCCAGGCAUGCUGCCUCUAGCCAGGGGGGAACUUGCAGCUGACACUGCACGGGAAGGGGUAAGUGAGUUUGUGUGUGAAGGAGCAGCAGAGGCUACAGAGGAUGGGGCAGCAAAGGCUGCACGGGAAGGGGCAAUGGGGGUUGUGGGGGAAGGGGCAGCAGAGGCUGCAGAGGAAAGGGCAGCAGAGGCUGCAAGGGAAGGGGCAGCAGCGGCUGCACGGGAAAGGGCGGCAGGGGCUGCACGGGAAGGGGCGGCAGGGACCGUGACUCUGGCCAGGCAAAGGGCAGAGGCCAUGGAGACAGGUUUUGCAGGAGUAGGGGCCACGGAACCUGCUGCUGCGUCGGCUGGGGGAACCGCAGCAGAGGAGGCUAUAGGGACCGCACCAGUCGAGGCUGCAAGGACUGCAGCAGGAGCGACAGAGGCCACAGCGGGGGCUGGUAUAGGGGGAGGUGCUACGGGUGCAGCGGGGAAGGGGGUAACGGGGACUGGUGCGAGGGAGAGUGCCGCCCCGGCUGUAGCAAGAGAGGGUACGGCAGGGGCCUCAAAGGCAGAAGGUGAGGCUGCAGCUGAAGCAGCAGGGAGGGCCAUAGCACGGCCAGUAGGGGCGGCAGGGGCCGCAGCAAACUCGGGGAAACACACAGCAGGGCCGGCAGGGCCGGCAGAGACUGCAAAAGGGGCUAGCAGUAAAGCGGCAGCAGGCGGGGUGGGCUUGGGGGACAUAGGGGCAACAGGGGAAGGAGAGGGGAGGGUGGUCCCGACCGGGGUGGGCACUGAAGAGGGGGAUGUGAUAGCGAUAGAGGAGGAUGAGGGAGAGGAUGUGAUGCACAUUGACGGGCCACUGGCCCAAUACCUCACGCUUGACGGUGAGGCCGACCCGGCCCCCCUGCAGCCUCACGUCGAGGUUCCCCCUCUACCCCCCAUGCCCGUCCCCAUGCUAGCAGAAGGACCGAUGGAGGGGCUGGGGGAGACCUUGAGGACAGAGCCGCGCGAGGGAGCCCCCAUCCUCACCUCCCGUCCUCCAGCCCACCAGCCCCCAGGAGCACCACUUCCCCACCCCCACCCUCAGGUCCCGGUAGUGUCCAGGGGGGCAGCCAAGGCCCUGGCCUUCUUGGCGGAGCCGUGCUCCCCGACCCCCACGCUGCUCCAUGGCCAGCCCCCCUCUCCGUCCCCAACGCCUGACCCCACGGUUGCAGGCGGUCCACCGGGAGAGCACGCGGGUGCGACAAGAGCAGAGUCACCCGAGGGCACCCCUUCUCUCACCUCUCACCCCUCCCCGCCCCUUCCCUCACUCCUUCCUUCACCCCCAAGGGCAGCACACCUCUGCCCCCACCCUCAGGGGCUCCUUAGAGCACCACGUGGAGCAGCCAGGGCUCUGGUCUUCCUAGAGGAGCCAUGCUCCCCGACUCCUACCAACACCCAGCCACCCCUUACCGGCCCACUACCCCCUCCUCCACCAGGCCCCCCCCCACCCGGUAGUACACACAUCUCGGAGGUUGAAGCAUCUCUGCGGCCAAAUCCCUCUCCCACACGCUACAGGCACCCAAACCACCCGAGUCGCCGCACAGCCCCAACACGCCCACCCAACAGGCUGCCCUCCCCACACCACCCCCCCCAGGCAGCCGAGACCCACCCGCAAGGGCUUGCGCCCCAGGCUCAUGGGAGCGGCGGCACCCGGGUAGAGGGGCCCACAGGAGAGGCCACCACAGAGCCCACACAAAUCUCUCUCCCCCCACCGUUUGUACCUCGCUCUAACCUCCACACUGGCCCAGCCCCUCGACCCCCACCUCCAACCCCCUCUCCCGGCCGGGUUCCCCACGAGUGGCCCCGUUGGGCAGCCAUCACCCCCCACACACAGCUUGCCCGAUCUGUUCCCACGGAGGGGGAUGUUUCGAGGAGAGUGGGGAUGCACACAGAGCACCCCCUGCCUGGCGAACCACCCAUCCUCCCUCCACCCACCCCUUUGGCCCCACAGCCCCCCCUUCCUUCACAAACAGGCGCGGACAACCAGGUUGGCCGCCGGCGGAAGAACAGGGGCAGAGGAGGCAGAGGGUCAGCCCACGUACUCCCCCCUCCCUCCCUCCCCCACCAAGAGCCCCUCCCCACCUCACAUCCCGUUGAACAAUUACCAGGCCCUACCUCUACAGCCCGUCCACCAAACCUACACUCCCGCCCCGCUCCUGCACCUCCACAGGGCCAUGGGAGCGGACCAGCCCACUCACCCCCAUUCUGCCCCUCCCGUGCUGUGUCCCCCUCCCAGGUGGCGGCGGCCGCGAUCGCUACUGGGAGGGGGGCCGUCGGGUUGAGGGAUGCGCCCAUGGCAGACGCCACCGACUCCCCCUCCCAUCCCUCCCACCCCUUCCAUGUCGACGACCCCCUACCGCAACCCAUGGUGAUUGGGGAGGGCCAAGGGGGCCUUCUAGGGCAGGGUCCACACCCGAGCUCCGCUCAGCCAGCACGCCCCACUCCACCCUCUACCCUGCCAGCCCUCCUACUCUCACCUACAGGCAGGCAGGUCUUCGAGACCCCAGAGGAGGUGAGGGCUGGCAUUUCAGAUUUGCUGGCGAUACACCGCCUGAGCAGCUCUCCGGCUGCCCCCACCCUUCCAGUCCCACAGGACCGGACCCGGACGUAUGCGGAGGUCACCCGGUCUGUCCCUUCUUUUAUCCCCCCCGCCACUCAGCCAGGCGCGUCACUCCCGACCCCAAUGGAGACGGACCGGGGUCUGAGGCCGUGUCACUCGCACCUAGACGGGGUGGCGCCUCCCCCCGUUCAGCCCGUGGCGCAGGAGGUCACCAGCAGUAGGGAUGAGGCAUCCGCCCCUACCGAGACCCCUCCGCCUGGGGUAGCAGAGCCGUCACUUGAACCGCACCCCGCCGAGGGGCAGGAGCACACCACGGCACACACUUCAGGCUCACCUCCACGUCCCCCCUCCCCAGCUUCAACACCGGUGCCGGCACGAGGCCCGGCCCUAUCCUGUGCGACACCACCUCUAUCUUCGCUGACACCCCCCCCGCGCGGGGCUGGUGAGUCGUCUCCUCCCCUCAUCCCAGGCGAUCCUGUCGGAGCUCAGGCCGCCCACGGGGUCCCCUCUACAGCCAGUUCCGACGCCACGGCCCCGAUUGACCCCGCCGACACGGCGACAUCACCCGACCAGGUCGUGAGUUGCCCCACCUGCAGGAGCUCUCUCGCGAACCGACGCGCGCUCCAGCACCACAUUCCCUUCUGCCAUCCUGCGGACGCGGCUCGCAGGGCGCAGGCUGCCCAUGAUACCGCCUCGAUCAUCCCUUCCCUCUCACAGCCCCGUGCGACCGGGAUGCAGUUCACCGACGCACAGUGGCAGACGCUCGACUCGGUGGACUGGACAGAGUACUUCUCGCCCGAGCGUAUCCAUACACGCCCUCUCCGACGUGUCCCGGAGAGGGUCCGCGGAGGAUAUCUUGACGUCCUCAGUGCGAUCCUAGUCCGCAUUGCCCAGGACCCGGAGGCUGCUGGCCCUACCUUCCUCCUCGCUGCAGCGCCGACUCUUUUCCUUGUUCCAGCGACGCCACCCGACCGCUCGCACACGGCUGCCAUUGCAACGCGCAUCUCUCGCUUUGGUCGAGGUGAGUGGGCUGAGCUAGUCUCAGAUGCACUAGGCCGUCGCACACCCCUUCCUCGCCGCACAGGUCACCGGUCACGCACCGCCACCGAUCCCUCUGCAGCAGAUGAGCGCCGCAUUGCACGUUGCCUUCGUCUGGCAGCGUGCAAUGAGACCUCACGGGCGUGCGCGGCUCUCGAGUCCGCGGAGGCAGCCCCAGAUACACAGGGGACGAUACAGCGCCUGCAGUCGAAGCACCCCAACGCGGAGAGGCCGACCCCAGCUUGGCUGUCUGGCUUCCAGGGGUCCCCUCUCGUGCUCUCGGUGGAUCACUUACGCCGCGCGAUUUUCACAGCUCCGCGGGGCUCUUCGGGAGGACCGUCCGGUUGGGUCGCUGAGCACCUGCGAGACACUUUCCUAGCUUUCCCUCAGAGUCUCCAUUUCCUCCUGGCCGUGUACCAGCAGUGGCUCCGAGGCCGUUGCGCUCCAGCUGCGCGCUCCUUGCUAGCGUCCUCCACCCUCGUGGCUCUGGCGAAGUCGAACAUGGAUGUUCGGCCGAUUGCCAUCGGCGAGGUUUUGGUCCGCAUUCUUUCUCGGGCAGUUUGUCUCCAGCUACGUGACCAGAUGGCGAGGGUCUUCUUGGCAUCACAGCAGUUUGGGGUGGGGGUUACGUGCGGGACAGAGGUCGUAGUUAGAGGCGUCCGCCGCGCUCUGGCUGACCACCCAGACUGGGUGGUCCUGCAGCUAGACGUGGCGAAUGCCUUUAACUCUUUCCACCGAGACAGGAUGUUUCAGGCGCUGCAGGCCAGUCCGGAGUUUCAGUGUCUGAUCCCCUUCAUCGGCCUCUUCUACGGGACGCCCUCGGAUCUCCACUACAGGUCAGGCACGGGAGUGGUCACGAUGCACUCGGAGCGGGGCACUCGCCAGGGAGACCCUCUCAGCCCCUUCUUGUACGCUCUGACACAGCGUCUUGCUUUGGAGCCGGUUCUGGCGGAGGGGGAUGUCCAGCUCUGGUCGUACGCCGAUGACACGUACGUGCUAGGUCCCCCAGACAGGGUGCUGCACCAUUUUGCCGAGAUCGUGAGGCGCUUGGGCGAGAUGGGCCUUGCAGCCCAGCCGCACAAGUGCCUCGUCUACCAGACAGAGUCCUUUCUGUCCAGGGAUCUGGAGGCUUUCACGGGCCUAGGGAUCGAGGUCGCACGCCGAGGGCUCACCGUGACAGGCGUACCGGUAGGCACCGUUUCGUUCGUGGAGCAGAGUCUCCCGGAUCGUCUCGAGAGGAUGGGGCGGGUGCUACCUUGGCUUCCGAGGUUGCGCCAGCCCCAGACAGCUGCCCGCCUUCUUUCGGCGUGUGUCAGCACUCGUCCGCAGUACCUGUCGAGGACCGUCCCUCCUUCGCCCGCAGUGAUCUCCAGUUUUACACGGUGGGACGCACGCCUGGGAGAGACUUUUCAGCAGCUUUUAGCUUCAGGGACCUGGGCUUGUCGCGAGGACGUCCGAGAGGCCGCCCUAGACCAGAUCUUCCUCCCCAUCCGUCUCGGGGGUUUCGGCAUUCGUCGCAUGGCGCGCAUGGCCCCGGUGAGUUUCGUGUGCUCCUGGGUGCAGUGUGCACCCAUUCUCUGUUCUCUCCCUGCGUGUGGCGAGGUGUUUCGGCAGAGCUUCGCUUCAGGUGAGCCAGAGCAGAUCGACCGGGCUCUGCAGACGGCGCUAGAGGGUCUCCCUCCUGACGUUCUCUCUCUCCUUCCCCCCUGGCCCUCUUGCGCUUCUGCCUCCCCCGAUUCCCUUUUUGCAGGAGCGAGCCGUCUUCUGGAGGCGCAUGCCUUGGAGGCCGUGCGUGCCCGUCACACCUCUCCCUUGCACCUUGCCCGUUUGACUUCCCUUCAGGGCGGAGGUGCAGGAGCGUGGUUGACGUCGGUGCCGUACGCCGACCCACUGCGCAUCCCGGAGGCGCUGUGGCAGGCGGCUUCAUCUUCUCGUCUUGGUCUCCCUAUCCCCCAGUUAGCCCUUGCAGGUCAGUGCUCCUGCGGACAGGCGAUUGACGACAUGACGGUGCCUCAUCACGCGGUUCGGUGCCCGCGUUACGGGGUCGCCACUACCAUCCACGACACGGUGAAGUACAUGCUUCGAGACUUUGCGGUCGAGGCGGGCUUCGCGGUAAAGGUGGAGGACUCUACGCUGUUCACACAGUUGGAGGCGGCUCGAGCGAGACUACUGGGACAGCCAGUGGUGGGAGAGGGGACACGGGCUGAGGGACCGGGGGAGCGGAGAGGCGAGGCGGGACAGCCGGGUGGCGGGGGACAGUGGGGACGGCACCAGCUGCGGGGUCAGGUGGAGCGAGGGACAGGUGGGCAGAGGGGACGGCAGGGGGAGCAGACGGGCCAGGACGGGGAGGGGGGACGGCACAGGCAGCAGCAGGAGAGCCAGUGGAGGCCGCGGGCCCAGGGCGCCGCGCCUCCAGGUUCGGCCUCGGGGGCGGGGCAGGGGCGGGAGCAGCAGAGAGCGGACGGAGGUACAGGAGGGGCAGCGGGAUUGGGAGGGGAGGGCCAGGGAGUGAGAGAGGCAGCAGGGGAUGGAGCAGGGGGGUCGGGAGGUUUGGGGGAGGGUAGGGAGGGGGAGGGGAGAGGACAGGUGGAUGGAGGAGAGGAGAGGGGGAGAGAGACGAUCGGAGAGGGGGCACCAAGGGACCAGACAGGGCAGCAGCCAGCGCAACAGCAGGGACCAGUCGGACGCACAGGCCGUGUAGGCACCGCCUCCCGCAUUCCAGACCUCACCUGCCGCGACGUUGGCCAGGGUCUGAUGGUUCUUGUGGAUGUCUCCAUAGCGGAUCCACAGCGGGAGGGGAACGUGCAGCUGAGACGGGCGACCCCCACACAGAUUGGAGUGGCAGCAGCUAGGCGGGUGCAGGAGAAGCUGCGUCACUGGGGGCCGCACUUAGAGGGGCUGCAGCCGGCACCACACUUUUACGCGUGCGUGGCGGAGACCUUUGGCCUUCUGAGUGAGCCGCUGCGUCAGUUUCUGGGGCUCUGCGCAAAGAGGAUAGCACAGCGGAGGAGGGAUAGAGGUGGGGGGGAUGACGGAUCGGCACGGAUAUUUGAGGCAGGACUCACUACACGCCUCUCCGUUGCACUGCAGCGCGCGCAGGCUCAAUGCAUGAUCCAGCAUGCGGUGCGGCAGUUAGGGAGUCACACCCCCUGCCCCCUCAUGCCAUCCGCUCCCCCCGCCCCUACCCUCCGCGUGCCCGCUCCCUUGCCGCCUCUUUUGACCCUCCCUGCCCCCCCUCGCCGUUUCCCACCGCCCGCCAUUCGCUCCUCCCCGCCCGUGCGCUCCCCUCCUUUACCUUCUCCUCCCCCCUCCCCUCCUCUGCUGCACGCCUCUUCCUUCCCCUCGCCGACCCACUCCACUCCCUGCCCCUCCUCAAUCCGCACCCUGCCCCUCGUAUCUCGCCCCCCUAUGCUUGGUUUCUCCCCUCCCUGCCCCUCGCCGCCUUUCCCCGCUCCCCACCUCCCCCCUCUCCCUGCCCCCCCCACUCUCCCCCCCCCCUUGUCCUUGGCUUCCUACCUCCCUGCCUCACCUUUCCCCCCUCCGUGUGCUCAGCUUCUCCCCUCCCUGCCCCUCCCUCCUCCCCGCCCUGCCCCUCAUUUUCCGCCCCCCCCCCCCCACGCCCGGUUUCUCCCCUCCCCGCGCCUCCCUUUCUUUCUCCGUGCCUCUCCUUUGCUCCCUCCCUGCCCCCGCCUGCCCAUGCCCCUGUCUUUGGCUUCUCCCCUCCCUGCCCCACGUUUCUUCCCUCCCUGCCCCCCGUCUGCCCCUCCCUUGUUUUCCCCUCACCCAUUGCUUCUCUCCUCCCUGCCCUUGAUUUCCCACACCCCUGCCCUCGUUUCCUAUCAUCCAUGCCCCUCGUUUCCCCCCUUUGUACGUUCAGCCUCUUCCCUCCCUGCCCCUCCCUUCCUCCCCCCCUGCCCUUUGCUCUCCCCUCGUUACGCUCCCUUCUCCCCAUCCCUGCUGCCCUCUUACCACCAUCAGCCCAUCCCCACGACCAGCCCCCCUCCCACCCUUCAAUCCCCCCUCCCCUCUCUCUCUUUCUCACACACACACACACACGCACACUCCCCUCCCCCACCCCCCCCCACCUACAUCCUCCCAUUCUGCCCCUCCCUGCCCCUUUCCCACCCCCUCGCACGCCCCUCACCUCCCACCUCCGUGCAACUGGUUUCCCCCCUAUGGUGCCACCCUUGCAUCGCUCGCCCCUCUGCUCACCCUCUGCCCGCCCCUUUUCCGUGCCCUCAGUUGGCCCAGCCCCUGCCCGUUGCUGCCCCUCCCCUUGCCCCCUCAACUCCCCUGCCCCCCGUACACCCCAAGUCCCAUCCAACCGCCCCCACCCUCCCCCGGCUGCCCGUUUCCGCUCUCCACCCCCGCGACCGUGUGCGGCUUCCAACCGCCCAACGGUG